UGUUGGAGCUCGGUUCCUGCCUCCUCUCUGGCCUGGGAGGAAGGGUGUUUCCUCUUGACUUUUUCCCUGCUCUCAGUAGGAAGUUGCAGCCCCGGAUUUGUGGCUGUGUUGGCCGUGAAGGGUUACAGCCAGCCCGGUGCCCGCUGUGGCCAAUGCCAGGGACAGGCUGUGUGUGAGCGGACAACGGAGACAACGAGAGCUCUAGCUGCUGGCCGGGCCGGGUAAACCUCAUACAUCCCGGGUGAGAGAGACACUCCGGGGCUCCGCAAUCUGCUUCCCUUGGGCUGCACUGGGCCGCAGCUCCCCGCCCUCUAAUCUGUCUGAGGAUAGUGGGGGUUGCAGUCCAGUGGUGGCUGUGUGCUGUAGGAUAGUUAGACAGUCUCUAAUCGCAGCUUUCAACUUUGUCCCCCUGUCCUCUGCUCCCAAUACCCCCAACCCCCUAGCUUGGCCAUCACAACCCCAGGGUCUAAAUGUAGGGGAAGUGAGCAGCAAAUGGGCUCUAAUUAGCCACACUUUGUAUGGAAAAGCCCCUUUAUUACCCUAUAGCCUUGUGAUUGCUUUCAUGUAGGGACCUGGAUCCAGAUUUACCGAAGUGUGCUACCCAUACAAACAAGCCUUACAGGGUAAUUCAUUACAGUGAGAAGUCAACGUGAAUUUCAAAUUAUGUACUUUAGCCACGCUUCCAGCUCAGCUACUCUGUCCUAAAAAAAAAUAAAAUUCACUUUGAAUUCUGACUGUAGUGUAUAACCCUGGAGGUCAUUGCUUUAUUUGUAGGCACACAUUUUCUGUUUACAUGCAAUGACACGUUUUCCCCUGUAUAGUGUUAUUGUAUGGUGCCACUACCUCCAGUAUUACUGUCUGUUUGGGUUAUGCUGCCAAAAAGAAAAGUGUUAAUUUCUGCAAAUGCACACCAUGAUUUUGUGACCAUAUGCAUAUUUCACACUUUUCUUUAAUCAGUUGUAAUUUGUUUUGAAAUUGACAGACUUCCUUAUCCAGGAGUUGCCUUAGCAAAAGAGCAAGCUAAAAUGUACUGGGAGUUCAUCACAUUGACUUCUAGGUGGUGAUGACUUGUAUAAUUUGGGGAGCUCCACCCAAAAAUCUGUGAACCCCCACCCAUCAAAAUUAAAUCCCAGCAUGUUUGAGCAUAAUAAAGUUAUUAACGCAUUCAUAUUUUAAUUACUGAUUUCAAGUCAUGUUUUUAAUUGAUUUCUUUACAAAAGUGUUUUCCUUUGGGAAAUUGUCCUGGACAUAUGGGCUAUUGUUAGUUUUCAUCCCAGUAUUCUGUAAUGUUUCUAAGUUGUGCUAAAAGAUGACCUCAGCACAGCUGGAUAUGGGUUAAAUACUCUCCUCAUGUGCGAAAUCUGUUCUUUAAAUCAGUUUGACAUAAAGGGUCACGCAUGGCUGGUUUAUACAACCCUCAAUUGCAUAUUUAUUUUAAUGUUUUACUUUAAUUGUAUAGUGUAAAAUAAUUCCCAACAGUAUAUAAACUGAAGCAGAAAAAAAAUAAUUGCAGACCAGACUUCUACAAGUAUCUAAUUUAUGACAGCCCCUUACUCUCACCCAUUAUGGGUGUUUAAUAAGUUCAGAUCUUGAUAUUGAUAAUAUUUGAUAUAUGGUGCUUCCAUCAAUCCCUGUGCGCAAUGGGACCUGCUAUGUGCAAUAGGUGAACCAACUGUUGCAGAUCAAGCGGUCAUCCACAUUUGGACACUUUUAUGCUGUCCGAUGUUUAUCCUCAGGAAAGAAAAGAGAAAAGUGCAGACCAAGCUUGUCCUUAAACAUGUUCACCCAGUGCAAGACAUUUCUCCCCAUGCCAGAGUGAAUCAGCAGUACAAUGAAGGUCAGCAGGCCUUGUUACCUUGUCUGCAGGAAUACCUGGUAUAAGUACACUCCUGUACCCUUUCUAGCAGUCUCUCAUCAUUAUCUGUUCUGAUUUCAUAUACAUCAAUGUUGGGAGACAUGUUACAAUUCCAUAUAUCUUUGUAACUGUGUAAUAACUAGUAUAGAGCAUGGCAUUGUUGAUCUAUGAUUCACAUGUUGUUUCAGUGUUCCAAUCAGCAGAGCUUUGUUUUGUUUUUGAGAAAUCAUCUGGUAGAACUUAUUGUUGCAUUUCAGUGUUCGAUUGAGAAUUUUGGAAAACUUAAUUUGCCCCUCCUCUAUGUUUAUGCUUUCUUUAUAUUGUCACAAUGAUUACCUGCACCUGACAUCAAAUUUAAAGGACCAGCAGCUCUGGGAUGGAAUUUCAUAAAAAUCUCUUCAGCUUGAAACAGUGAUUUUUGGGACAUAGAUGCUGCCCCUGCUCAGUCACUGUUGCAAACAGUGCACUCCUUUAGGGGCAUCAAGCUAAAAUCUAUUCAAUAAUUGAAUCUGAUGUUCAGCAUUAGCAUGCUAAUUAGGUGCGUGUCCCAAACCAUUAAAAUGGGGGGAACACUGCGAUAGCCUUGCGUGCGCCGUAUUAGAAGCAUUGAUUGGACAAAAGUUAUCAGUGCGUGUAGUGUAGUGCGGAGCCUGCUUCAGUGCUGGGUUACAGGUAAAUUUAAAUAUGAUUUAAAAAGAAAUGCCUCCUCUGUGACAUUCAGGCCAUGGCUCCUCCAUUAUUUUGCUGGAUGUGGAAAGGUAAGCAUGCCGAGGGCUCCUCAGCGCUGGAAAAGGUAAGUAAAAUCAUUCAUUUGAUUAUCUUAUAUGGCAAACGCGGGAGGGACCUGAAAAAGGGUAGCGACAGGGACACUAUAGCAUUAGGAAUACAGAUUUGUAUUCCUAACACUAUAGUAUUCCUUUAGUUUAAAGGGACACUGUAGGCAAGCAGACCACUUCAGCUCAUUGCAGUACUGCUGUCCGUUUAACCCUGCAAUUGUAAUUAUUGCAGUUAUUGAUAAACUGCAAUAUUUAUUUUGCAGGGUUAACUCCACCUCUUGUGGCUGUUUACCAGACCGCUACUGCUUCCUGGUCAUUAGGUCGCCUAACUGUCGCAGGACUUCCUCACGCUCUGCAUGAGGACAUCCAGCGUCGCCUAAGACCUUUUCUAUGUAGUUAUCCUAAUUUGAUUCUGGCGUUAGGAAGAGGAGUGGAGGGACAAUCAACGCUGGAAUCCAAUGUUUUUAACCAUCUCUGCACUGCAGGAUAGUUUUGUGGUCCUAGCACUUUAGUUUCCCUUUAAGUGUGCCCCCAAAAGCCAGGCAUGAUUGUGACUUAGUAAAUAUGUACAAAAGAAAGGGAUUCUAGAGCCCAGGCUGUAGGAACAUCUAGCAGCAAAUGUUUUGAUAGUGUGGUGAAAGGCUUAAAACUAUUCAAAAGCUUUAUUUCAUUUGAGUUUAAUUAGCACUCUGUAGUAUUUACCAUUAACUGUAGUAUUUCUUUUUGUACUGCAUACCAAAGCUUUGCUGUAUGUGCUAGAUGCUAUUUCUAUUAAAUCUUAUUUACAAGCCGCAGAAUGUUUUGAUGCUUAUCAUAAUGAUUUUACGUAAAUAAAUUUAGCAAUGUGCUGUUAAAAAAAACAAACAAACCAGAAACAUACUCGAAAACUGCAACCUGCCCCCCACAAACCAUUUAGGGUCAACUGUUUAGAUUGUGCCUUUUGAUGCCACCAGAUAGGCCCAUUGUUUAAAGUAACAUUUCAAGCACCGUAACACUGUAGUGGUUAUACUUCCUGAAGUGCCCCCUCGCCAUUGUUAGGAGUCAAACUGUUUUAGAAUGGGUUGAUUUCUUACCUGGGAUUCCACAGGCACCACUCUCUGCCUCCUCUACUUUCAAAUGAAAGACAUAAGCUCCUCGUCUGAGUGCUCACAAAAGAGCUCUUGUCUAUUUUAUAUUAUGCUAACAAAUAGGCAAGCACAUACUGGUUUGUACUGGCAUUGUUUAUAUUUGUAUAGUGUUAUCACAUCCCUCCCCAAAUGCAGUUUUUCCAACCUUUCUUCCUGUUUUCUAUCGCUUUUAUUUAAGGGCUUCUCCAACCACUACGACCAUUGCUGCUUUUAGAAGUGGUUAUGGUUAGGGAUCAAUUUUCAGCAAUAUCGGAAUCAGCCUACAAAGAUACCGAUAUUGCCAAUAAUGCAGACCAGGACUGACAUCAGGGUCCUGGGGGCCCCAGUACACUCUUACUUACCUUCCCAGCAGCUCCCUUCAGCUUCCCUGUCUAACUCUCGCGAGUCUCGCGGCCGUCAGAGCGUUACCAUGGCAGCGCUCCGAGUGGCACACACACAGGGGAGCUGAAGGGAGCUGCUGUUAAGGUAAAUAAGAGUGUGCUGGGCCCCCCCUUGACCACUCCGGGUCCCCCAUUGCAGAAGCAGGGAGGGGACUAAAACGAAAUGUAAAAAAAAUAAAAAUGUCCCCUCUAUUUUACACAAACACUCACUACACAAACACACACACACACACUGCAUUUAUUAUUUACACACACUACACAAACAUACUGCAUUCACUAUACACACACUACACAUUGCAUUCACUAUACACACACUACACACACACUCUGCAUUAAUUAUACACACACUGCACACACUAUACACACUCUGCAUUCACUAUACACACUCUGCAUUCACUAUACACACUGCAUUCACUAUACACACACUACACAAACACACACUCUGCAUUCAUUAUAUACACACACUACACACACACACAUUCUGCAUUCACUAUACACACUGCAUUCACUAUACACACACUACACAAACACACUCUGCAUUCAUUAUAUGCACACACUACACACACACACACACUGCAUUCACUAUACACACUGCAUUCACUAUACACACUACACAAACACACUACACACACACACAUACUCUGCAUUCACUAUACACACUGCAUUCACUAUACACACACUAGACAAACCUAUACACACUGCAUUCACUAUACACACACUACACAAACCUAUAUACACUGCAUUCACUAUACACACACUACACAAACACAUACACUCUGCAUGUAUUAUAUACGCACACUACACAAACACACUGCAUUCACUAUACACAUACACUCUGCAUUCAUUAUAUACACACACACUACACAAACACUCUGCAUUCAUUAUAUACACACACACUACACAAACACACUGCAUUCACUAUACACACACUGCAUUCAUUAUAUAUUCACUAUACACACUACACACACACACUGCAUCCACUAUAUACACACUACACACUCACUGCAUCCACUAUACACACUACACAAACACUCAUUGCAUUCACUAUACACACUACACAAACAUCCACUGCCUCCACUACAAAAACACACACACACUGCAUCCACUACACAAACACACACACACUGCCUCCACUACACAAACACACACACACUGCCUCCACUAAUCAAACACACUCACUGCAUCCACUACACACAUAAUCUUGAAAACAUAAACAAUUCUGACUGGCAUGUAUAUUUUGUGCAUUUACCUUAAUGAAAAAAAAGUUUUGCAAAAAAAAUAAUAAACAUGUUCAGUUAACAGUAGAUUUGUUUAGAAAUAGUUUAAUUUUUCAAAAUGGUAAAUGUACAGAAUAAUGGUAUCGGUAAGUUAUUAGCCUGAAAGUUCACAGAUUAUCGGUAUUGGCUCAAAAAAAAAAAUCAAUAUUGGUCGAUCCCUAGUUAUGGUUGUAGGAGUUUGUAUGUGCAGUGUUUCAGUUUGAAAAGCAGCACAUUCAGAGAAAAUUGCGCUUUUGUGCCGAGAACUAGUUGAACCUCUGGCACAUGUGAUUUAGGCAGCAUGUGAAUUAAACCCCUUUUUAUACAUGACAGUACCUUACUAUCUUUUGCAAUGGCACACUGACAUCGCGUGCUGUUGCCUUGUUUGUGAUCUAUAAUUGUUAUCAAGUCCUUUUCAUUUGAUGGUAUCCCUAACUCAACUACAUUUAAUGCAUAAGUAGCUUGUGGGUUCCUGUAUUGGAUCUUAUCUACCAUCUAUCUGCCCAGUCCCCCAAUUUAUCCAAAUCCUUAUUGAUAAAUCAAAUAGAAUGCAGAGAAGUAAAAACCAAAAAGAACAGGAUGUGCUUUUGGUUGAUUGGCACUGUUGUCAAUAGCUACAAAUACAGCUGCUGACCUUUUUCUAAUGUACAGUGCCAACACUGUGUUUGUCCAGUGAACCGUGAGUCCAUUUUACAUGUCCUGUCAGCACGGACUAAUGUAAAACUCACUUGUUCUCUGAAAUUCCCAUUUUUUUGCUUUUUGUGUUGAUAGCAUGCAGUGGGAAGAUACAUUUCUGAAGAAUUAUAUAAUUUAUGUAACCUUUUAAAGGGGAACAAUAAUUUUUCUGGAAUUUUUUCACCAUUGAAUAAAACAUGUAAAAGCACCUAUAGCUUACACCAACCUUUUUCAAAUGCUGAUCUGCAUUGUGGCAGGAGAAACUGCAAAAUUUGUGGUUAUGUAUAAAGAUUUUUUCUGGGGCAGUAUUUUAAAAGUGAGCCUGGAAGCAGGAAAAUUCCAUUGGUUUCCAUAGUAAUUAUUCCACUUUUUAGAACCUUGCCCCAGAAUUGUUCUUUAUACAUAAACCUACUGUUACUGUUUCUCUUUCUCGUUAUGCUUACCUACAUGCGUAGGACAGAGCAUAUAACAAAUAUUGCUAGGGAGUCAAGAUGGAGGCACUUAUUUCCAGACGAGGUAAAAGCAACAGUUUAGAUUUUUAAGACCUCCGAAACACAUAUAAGUGUGUGUGGGUAUGUGGGGGAUGGGACUAGGGUUCGAAAUAUACAAUUAAAUAUAUAAAGUAUUCUGGGAAAGCACAGUUCCUCAUUUGCUUUUCGGUGAUGUCAUUCUGUUGUGGAAGUUCCAUGAUGCAUAUUAAAGUGACCCUCUCAUUACUGGAUAGGUUCACUUUAACUGACAUCUGUCUCCCCCCAAUAGACACUAAAUACAGCACUUUUCAUAGCUGUAAAUUAUGUAUUCAAUAUAAGCUCUAGCAACUACAAACCAUGGCCAAAAUACUGUAACAUAUGCUUCCGGUCACUCCUGCAUUUCCCAGGCAGGGCAAUUCAGCUUUCAUGAUGCCCACAUGUAGGCUUCGUUGGAGCUACCCUGUUUCUAUACUCUCUAGCCAAUGCUUCUAGCUCUGUGUUUGCUAUGCCUGGAGAGCAUGCUAAAUGCCUUUAGGAGAUUAGUCAGAUCUUUGGCAUUGAGGACUGGCAGGUGAGAGAUCUAUUUUUUUAAUAGAUUUAUUUCCCCCCUUCCAAUGUGUACAUCUGGUAGCCAUUCUGCUAGCACGGUGUAUUGGUGAAGUAUUUUCAUUUGUACCAUGUGUACCAUGACAGGUAUACAUUUAAUUUGAUGAUAAACUUAUAUUUACACUUUGGGAGUGAAAUGUUUUACCUUGUCUAAAGGUUAGUGUGCUGUGUAACAUCCCUUUUAGUAUUUUUUUUUUUAAGCAGCCAGUUUUACAUCGCUGUUAAUUUAGAAUUUUGUGGCAUCACAAAGACUAAUGAUGUUUCAGGUGCUUUUAUUUUAAUACGUGUCACUUUAGGAGUACUUCACUGGAUAAAAACUGCUUGUGGAGUGCUUUCACGAUUGUUCCCUUGUUUUGAUCCAUAUCGAUAUCUCUCUUCUACUUGAGGUCACCCUUGUAGGUAUGUUUGUAUUCAUGUAGCACAGAGCUUUACAGAAUAAUAUGGUGUAUUUUAGAUUUGUGGCGUAUGCUAAACUGCAGUAAACUUGUUGGUCAGCUAGUAUUUGUGAAUUGCUUUUCCCCCUCUCUUUUUCUUUUUUUCCCUUCUAUUGUAUGUCUUAUUCAGUUCUAGAUGGUAACAUCUUGCAACCAAUAACACAAAAAUACUUGUUGGUCAUAAAACUGAAAAAAAAUUAUCUCAGAACAGUCCUAUUCCUUGACUAUUCCUUAAGUUAUACCUUUUACAUGGGUGUCCCUCAUUGGCCAUGACUGGUUGUUAGAACACACUCCUGUUCUAGAGGCUGAAAAAAUGACCUCACAAUUCUAAUUGUUCAAUUAUUAUUUUUAUUAUUAUUAUUAUUUAUUUAUUUAUUUAUUUUAAAUAUCCCAAAAAUUGGACCUGGUCUCUGACAAUUCUAGGUCUACACAGGUGUACAAGGUCUUUUAUAAGGCACUAAAUGAUCACGUGACAACUGAAUGCAGCAGCCAACUGGUCUUACAUGAAGAAAAGUGCUAGUGUAAGAAAUGCACCAAAUAUAUUUCAGAACAAAUUAAAAUGAACCAUAUAUAAAUCAAUUGCAUUUAAAACAACUGAUACAUUUUUACUGUGAACAUAUUUUUUUGUUGCUACUCUAAAAAUGUUUAGAAACCAUACAAAACUGUUCUAGAUUCUGAUGUAAAUGUUUAGGUGGCCAAUAGUGCCCUACCAGGCAUACACAGAAGUAAUGGGUCCCUUUCCAUAGAUGUGCACACAUCAUUUUUAUGACCAGAUUAAUUAAAUUGAAUCAAUGAUAUUGCCUAAACAGACAAUUGUUAAAGGAAUACUAUAGGCACCCAGACUGCUUAAAAGGAAACUAUGGUGCCAGGAAAACAAACUCGUUUUCCUGGCACUAUAGCAUCCCCCACUGUCAAGGCCCUGUGCCGCAGCGCUGAAGAGGUUAAUAACCCCUUCAGUCACUUACCUGGGUCCAGCGCCGAUGUCCCCAUGGCUCAGCUUCGCCCACACUCCUCAAUGUUUUCCUUUAAGGAAAAUCUGACGCUGCAAGUCUUCAUGCAGAGCGUGAGGAUGUCCAGCGUCAGAUAACGGACCAAAAGUCAGUUUCAGUUCCGGAACUCCCUCUAGUGACUGUCUUAUAGACAGCCACUAGAGGAGGAGUUACCCUCAGAGAUAAUUAUUGCAGUUGAUAAAAUGUCAAUAAUUACCACUGCAGGGUUAAGGGUGAGUGGAGUUUGAACCCAGACCACUUCAAUGAGCUGAAGUGAUCUGGGUGCCUACAGUGUCCCUUUAAUCUCAAUGAAGUGGUCAGGGUUCCAAGUCCCCUGUGUUUUUACCCUGGAGUUGAAAACAUUGCCAUUCUACGGAAACAAUGCUUUCUUUGCAGGGUUAAACUGCCUCUAGUGGCAGUCAUAUUGACAGCUGUAAGCGGGGCUUGUGCGAAAUAGCAGAAAGACCACCUGAUUGGCGCAGUGCUGCUUUUUUUUCAUACAUGCACACUAGCCUGUCAAUGCUUUCCUAUGGGAAGGUUUUGGAUUGGCUGAUGUUGAUAAUCUGAGCCAAAGAAGCAAAGCUUCUCAGAGGAAACCUGCUCAGCGAGGGCUGAAAAGUAAGUAAACACUAUAGGGCACUAAUGCGUAUUUGUAUUCCUAAUACUAUAAUGUUCCUUCUAGCAAAACUUAUGUUUGUACUAAAUUGAAAUUGACUUCUUUGAGUAUUCAGUAAUUAACGCUUUAGUGACUAGUACUAUUUGUUAAAGCAAAUGUAGUUUCUGUAUGCCAUUAUUUUUACCUUGCGCAAGACUUUAAAAUUUGAAGUCCUAUGCCAUGGUGUUCACAUUACGGAUACAUUUCUACUCGCCAGUGUUACAUUUUUAUUCUCCAGAGAUUUGGAGGCGAGUGUAAAAUGUAAACCUUGCCUAAUGCAUGCGGUUGCAAUAUAUUAUUUCCCGUAUAUUAUACACUCAUAAUAUUAUAAUUUUUAUUUUAGUAACUGUAUUUACUCUGCCAAUAUAUUUUUCACAGAGCUGCAUGCUGGGCAACUGUAAUAUAUACAUUGUUGGUGACAUGUCAAAUUUAAACAUAUAGAAAGAAAAAAAGACCGUUUUAAAAACAAUCUUGCCAUUAAAAACCUCUCUAAUUAGACCGUGUUGUAUUUUUAGUAUACUUUUUGUAAUAUAUUGUAAAAGUUCACCGUGAGGCAACUUAGAGUUUCAAACCUGCGGCAAGUACUAGAACCUAAGAUACCAUUAAUGUGACUGCCAUUUGUUUGAGGCCUCGUGUUCAACUACCACAAUUUCCUUUCCAUGGCUGCACUCUGUACGACAUGCGGUUUCUGCUUAAAAUUACCUUCUCUGAGUGAUUUUUGACCACACUAUCAUUUUCACCACACAAAGUGUCAUUUUUAAGAUUUACUUUAUUAACUUUCCCCCACCUUUCUUUUUGUUAUGUAUAUAAGCAUUUGAAAGAGCCAUGUUGAUGUAUAUUGUUGGUAUGAUCCUGUGUGUGACUGCUAGAUGGUAAUCUUCAAUAUUUUCAUUGGGAUUUAUUCAUCAAAUUAUUUUGAAUUAAAAAGUGCAAUGCAAAAUUUAGGCAAAAAUGGUUGAUAUGGAAAGAUUAAUCAGAUCUAAUAUUUUUAUAGCUUGUCUACUGCAGCCUGAUUUUGCAGUUCUGUUUUCAGUUCACUACAAUGUGAGGGGAAAAAGUAUUUUUUACUUAGUUUGUCUCCCUUUGCAGCUCUCUGUCCUUCUGGCAUGCCUUCUUGGCUGAGAUCACAGAGAUCGAUGAUCUCAGCCAAUCCAUUGCUUUCCCAUAGGAACGCAUUCAGGGAGUAGUGCACAUGCACAUGUUUUACUCUAGUUGGAAGCACCUCCAGUGACUAUCUGAAUGACAGCCACUAUAGACAUGUCACCUCUGCAGAACGGCAAUGUUUUAAGCUUCAGAGUUAAACUGGGUAGUGUGGCAUGCCUCCCCAUACCAGUAAACUGAGAUAAAGUGGUUCUAUGCAGGAUCCCCCUCAGUCUUGCUGAAUCUCCCAUAGACCUCUGAUUUUUACUCUGCAUGCGCAAGAUUACAAUAGUGAGAUGAAGUUAGAGCUUGAAAUUAAGAUGGUGGUUUCUAAUUAGGGAUAGCUUUAAGUAAAAAUCUCACUUUUCUGUGUUAUAAUGCUAAAGAUAAAAACAGGUUAUAGUGUAGUAUAUUUGAAACUUUGCAGGGCUUAGCUUGGGAGAGCUUAGAAACUUUAGUUAUUAAAUCAGUUUUACAAGAUUGACAUUCUUUAUACAAUAUUUGAAGUAAAGAAUUACCCAGAUAUGAGAAUUUUACAUUGUAGCUUCACCUUCUACAUUAAACGCAAACAAGCGCUCCCAAUUACAACCCUGGCACACCAAGCUGACCCGAUAUCUCCAAAAAUGUCCUAGAACUGCUUAAUGAUGUUGGAGAAAGUCUCACUAUGCACCUGACUUCCUCCACUAAAAAUUUAUGCUGUGCUCGUACACUCUGGCUCUUUCCUCUGCAAAAGUAAAUUACUUCAACACCAUCAUAUGCACACUGUCCCGCCAACACAAAUGCCUAUUUCAAACUUUUAAUGCUCUCCUUCGCCCUGUUGCUCCCCUUCCUCCUACCACCCUGUCCGCCUCAGAAUUAGCAACUCACUUCACUGAGAAGAUUUUUACAAUCAGGGAAGAGAUCUCUAACCUCUCUCUUCCAAUACAUCACCCAACCCCACUCAAUCCACUGUUCUAUGCUCAUUCGCACCUACUACAAUGGAAGAGGUCUCUGCUCUGCUCCGGUCCUCCCGCCCCACUAUCUGUCCCCUCGAUCCUGUUCCCUCAUAUCUCAUCCACACCCAGGCUCCCUCUCUUGCUCUUCCUCUCACUAAAAUUUUCAAUCUCUCCCUUUCCUCCGGCGCAUUUCCUCCAAGCAUGCAACCAUAACGCCAAUUCUGAAAAAGCCCAACCUUAAACCCAAACUCCCCAUCCAAUUACCGCCCUAUAUUGCUAGUGCUGUUUGCCAACAAGAUCCUUGAGAGAGUUGUGUAUGCGAGAUUGACAGACUUUCUCAAAUCCAACUCUCUGCUUGACCCACUUCAGUUUGGAUUCCGCGCUCUUCACUCUGUUGAAACAGCUGUGACCAAAGUAUCCAACGAUUUUAUGUAUGUAUUAAAUAAAAAAACAAAAGCUGUAUAGAUGGAAUAAAAGUAACACAUUCACAUGCAACAGUUUUUAAAGAAUUAUAUGUUGGCGUGUAGACUUUCUGAUUACAGAGCAAUUUUAAUAUACUUUCUUGAAGAGAUGAACUAAUAUGGCUCAUAUAUGUAGUUGGUCAGCUGAACCCAGAAAGUUCAUACAGUUAAUUGUUUCCGCGUCAGUAAAAAGAGCUGAAGAUUAGCAUGCUAUGUAUAAAUAGUAAACAUAUGUAACAGGAAGCUUCUGGUUCCGUUUUUGGUUUCUUCUGCACAGGGUGUGAACUGGAUGUAUUAGUGCCAUAACGCUUGAGUUGUUGUUUGGAGUGUAACUCUCCCAUCGUGAUAUUUAAAAAAAAAAAAAAAAGAUUUUUAAAAGUGUACCUGCCUGCACGAUACUUUCUCGAUUUAUAACUCGCAUAUGGCAAAAAGAUCUUAAGUAAAUAUAAGUCUAGCAUCUUAAUAUACAGGAAACACCUGCAGUACGUGCCACUUUAAGCAUUGUUUUUGCCAGAGCAUAGUGUACUAACAUUUGUAUAUUCCUUUUCAUAUCUUGCACUGCAGUUGUAACUAUGUGUACGUAUAGGAGAAAACCUUGUUUCAUGGUAUACUGCAACUUUUAAAAUGUGAGCUGAUUAUCAUGUAUCAUUUUAAAGGCCAUUGUUUUUGGUGCUCUCAUUCUGUAUUAACAUAUAUCAGGGAUUUGGUAUAAAGGGCAGUACAGGGAAAAUGUAUUAUGGUGGAACCAUCACUGUGAACAAUACAAUGUUCUGCUGUUUGUUCUGCCUUUAGAACUUUGACCGCGGUUGCUCAUUACAGUUAUCCCCUGUAGUAGCAUUCCUGUGCCUUUUGCUAAUAGUUAAAGUACCCUCCUGCUAAGAUUAGAUUUAGUGAAAUGGUUUCUUUUAUUGUGGCUUUUUUUAUCUCCCUGAUCCGAAAUGUACUAUUGGGUUGACACCUGUUUAGCUUUGCCAAUUACUUUGUUACAGUUUAUGCAGUCUUUGAAGGGAAACUGCUAUAGAGAAUUACACCUAUAAACAUUUCAGCUCAAUAACUGGCUUUCAUUCACAGGUUCACAAUGACGACUCAAGUGACGCUGGAGGAUGCUUUGUCCAAUGUAGAUCUUUUGGAGGAGUUGCCAUUACCUGACCAACAGCCUUGUAUUGAACCCCCUCCAUCUUCACUUUUGUACCAGGUAUGUAUUGUAUGCCCAUUUAUUUGGCGGCAUUUAAAAAAAAAAAAAAAGUACUUAAAUUUGACAUUUCCAAUGAUGUUGAAAUUAAAUGCAACCUACCUCAUCAGCUUUCACUCAAGACUGUUUAUAUAGUAUAUAAGACUGUAUACAAAAUACACAUAUUUAGGUACCACUAUCCUUCUAUCCAGCACAGUGUUUUAAGGAUCACCAAAUAAACUCUCUGGUUUCAUGUAACACUUUUAAGAAUAAAUAUAUAUAUUUUUUUAAGUAAGAAUUUCCAGUGUAACUCUUUUGACCUUAAAGGACCAUUAUAAGCACUCAAUUAAGUGGUCUGGGUGCCAGGUCCCCCCAGUUUUAACCCUGCAGCUGUAAACAUAGCAGUUUCAGAGAAAGUUCUAUGUUUACAUUGAGGGUUAAUCCAGCCUCUAGUGGCUUUCUCCCAGACAGCCAGUAGAGGCGCUUCCGCGAUCCCCAGUGCUAAAAAUCGCAUUGAGGACACGCUGGGCGUCCAUAGCAAAGCACUGAGUUAUGCUUUCCUAUGGGCGGUUUGAAUGUGCAUUCUGAACUGACGUCGGCAGGGGGAGGAGAGGUCACCAGCACAGAGGGAGCCCAGCGCUGAAUUAAGAUAAGUGGCUGAAGGGGUUUUAAGGGAGGGGGGAGGACCUAAGUUUUCCUGGCACUAUAGUGCUCCUUUAAAUAUGCAAUUCCCUGUCAUAUUCAAAAGUUUUCACCUUGUCCUGAGUAGCCCUAGUCUUUUUCAGAAGAAUAUAUGAUUAUUAUUGUGUUUUCCUCAUUUCUCCCACAGCCUAAUUUUAACACUAAUUUUGAAGAUCGAAAUGCAUUUGUCACGGGCAUUGCAAGAUACAUUGAACAAGCAGACGAUCAUUCCAAGAUGGUAAGUUAACAUUGUAUGCAAUCUUUACAUUGGAGUUGUACCAUACAGUUACAUAUGGUUGCCUUACUUUAUUAUUUACUUUAUUAUGGAAUGCACUUUAACUUACUAUGCAUUUAUAUGCUUUUCAAAUUCUGACGUGUUUUUAUUAAUAUUUUAUUGUAAUACUAAUUACACACAUUACUACAUAAAGAUAAUGCACAUGUAACCACAGACUAAGUAACGCGGCCCCGGCCCGCACGGUGAAACUGUCGGGCCGCAUUGAAGGGGCCCAUUGGGUGGCCCAUGCUGAUAGGGCCACCCAAUGCUAUGUAUAUCCAGCGCGACCCAGCCCCCGGUGCGACCGGGCCCCCUCUGAUGAUGUCAGAAGCUGUGAGGAAGUGACUGCCUGGUCACUUCCUUCCAGCAACCACCUGGAGCCGCACGGUAGGAAGGAGAGGAGGGAGUCAGAGUGGGAAUUCUGACUCCCAUCAGGCUGAGCCACUGGACCCCAGGGAAAGGUAUGUGUGUCUGUAUUUAGAGGAACCGUGAACAGGGUAGGGAGGUCUGUUAGUACAGACUCCCCUACUCUGAAACUGAAACACCAAAAAGACACUCCAGUGAUGUCUUGGGGCUUGACCCCUAAUUGUUAACAAAGUGAUGGCAACUACCUAAUUACAGGGCAAUUUAUACACUAUAUAUUUAUCUGAGUAGAUAGAGGUAUAGCCAUUUGGCUUUGGAUUACUUUUCUGAUCAUUUACACAUGUGGUGUGAGGUGUAGUGUACAAUUGAUGAACAUUAAUUUAUUCUGUGUUAUUCUCCAGUUAACACCUUCUCACAGAGCUUUGCCCUGUAAUUAGGUAGUUGCCAUCAAUGUGUGUGUUUCUAGUUACGCCCCUGGUUUCUAUUAAUGCCUCUGUCCUGGCCCUAUAAUGUUCCUUUAAGAAAAGCAUUUUGCAAGUAACAGCGAGAAAGAAGUAAAACUGCAGGACAACAAAAUAUCUGUAAUUUUGAAAACAAAAAGGAUGGGCCAACAAAAACAGAACGCAACAUCCCAGAGUGACAGAGUAGACAUUAUCUGUGAGAAUAAGUACAGUAUUUUAGGUUUCACAUCAUAAUACUCAUAUUGAAAUAGGAAAGUGAAUGUUGACAGAAACUAUAUUUGGAAAUGGGUCCAGCUUUUUUAUUGACUCUCCUCUCCUGCAACUGGCAAAAAUAACCCAAAUUCUCAGUGAAUACUUUUCUACCAACCUAUUUCAUUACCAGAAAGGAUCAUAUUUUGGGCUGAUAAGUACUAUUAGCCAUCUCCUGAAAUAUAAAGGCAGUAUACAACUCUAUGUAAGCUGCAUUUUUGAUGUUGGGAUUUGCAAUCAAAUGUCCUAACUUAAACCUUUUCUUAUUUAAAACAGAAUGUGAUGCUGGAAGAGGGACAUGAAUAUGCAGUCAUGCUGUACACAUGGAGAAGCUGCUCCAGAGCCAUUCCGCAGGUAAUGUAAUUAGGUUUACUUUACGCUUAAGUGGUUUUCAAUUAAAGUUGCUGUCCAUAAAGACUGCAUCUCCAUGCGGGUUUCCUUGUGGCUGUCUGCAAAAUUGCCACUUCCUCUUUCUGACAUAGUUUCUAACAGCAUGAUGUGAUAGACCGUCUACGGACAAUUUUAAAAGUGGAAAAUAACAGAUGAAUCAUGCAAAUUAUUAUAGUUAUUAGUAACCUUUUUUGCAUUUUCCAUGGAAGUUAAUGAACAAUCCAGGCACCAUAACCACUACAGCACACUGUAGUCGUUAUGGUGCUCUCGGCCAGUGAGCUAAGCCCUGCACAAAUGGGCUUACCUCAAGCACCAGGCGGACCGCCACUAGAAAGACAUCUGACUGAUCUAAAUUGGUUUAACUAGUUACAUUUGGGGAACUGGCACCAUAAGCACCGGCACCAUAACCACUGCAACACCGUAGUGCUUAUGAUGCUUCUAGUGAUCCUUUAAAUUAUGUUGGGUUGUUGUUGUUGUUGAUCUAUAUUAACAAUGAAUUGUGAUAAUUGCUUUUUUUUUUUUCUGUCUCUCUCUGCUGUGUUGUAAAUAAGCUAAUGUUGGUGCCUCAAGGGCUGGCGAUGAGAAUUGCAGUGUUUUUCAUAUACUUAUGGCACAUCAUCAUCCUUGUUGUAAUCUUCAUAGAAACUGCCAUGUCAACUGCUUUCUUUGCGACUUUCUUGGACCUGAAUGAGCUUCUGCUUUCAGAAAAGCUGACUUUGCUGUAACAACCAGAAAUUUGAGUUUCAUAACAUAUAUGUACUUCUGUUUAGGUAAAGGGCUGGCACUGCUGCUAAAAUGUCUGUUCUUGUAACUGCUAAGAGUAGAAAAUUUAAACUUUAGCCUGAUUUUCUCCAGUAGUGUUAACCUUUAAAAUAAAAGGCUUAAAAAGCAUUGAAUAUUCUGUUUAGCUAGAAAAAAUAUUCCACAGGCAUUAAACCAUUGGGGCAAAGAAACAAAUAUACAACGUUUCGACUUCUGGGCCGUAGCCAUGUACACAAUUAAGGCUUAGCAGCCGAAGCAUUCUAUAUUUAUCCUUAUGGUUUAAUCAUUUGUUUCAUUUCACACUACACUGUUGUGCUUGUGAAAUAUUUUUUUUCUACCUCAAGGACUGCGGAUGUCUGCCACAGAACCUCUAGUAUCCCCCCUUUGUUGUCCUGUGUUCAACACUGCUUUAUGCUUCUCUUUACCUCUUUGCAGGUUAAAUGCAAUGAGCAACCAAAUCGGGUGGAAAUCUAUGAGAAGACAGUAGAAGUACUGGAACCAGAAGUUACAAAGCUGAUGAACUUCAUGUACUUUCAGGUACUUGGCACAAUGUUUUGGGUUGCCCCACAGGAAAGAAUAAUGCACAUGCGAGGCAAAACACCACCUUGCACCAAUCAACUGCUCUCUAUGUGAAGCAUUUGAUUGAAUAACAAUCUGAUUCUGUAAUUGCAGCAGAAAUGCCUGCUAGUUUUCCUUGUUAGCUGCUAGUAAGAUGUGAUCCACUGGCUGGGUGCAGACUCCUCUGAAUGCCCCCUUCCAGUCUCUUACCGGUCGGGAGCCUCUACAGAGGAGGUAUAUAUUGUAUAUUUAUUCCUUACAGAGGAGUGCCACUGAACGGUUUUGCACAGAAGUAAAGCGACUAUGUCAUGCGGAACGAAGGAAGGACUUUGUAUCUGAAGCCUAUCUUCUGACUCUUGGCAAAUUCAUCAAUAUGUUUGCGGUCUUGGAUGAGCUAAAAAACAUGAAGUGCAGUGUGAAAAAUGAUCAUUCAGCCUAUAAAAGGUAGGAUUUUAAUUUCUCCUUGAGUAGUAUGGUUUAGAAAUGAAAGUCUAAAGAUCUAAAACCAAAUGAAAAAAGAUGAGAAGUGAAUGUUGCCUUAUAUUACAUGGGCUUACUCAUAGGCUGAUGACUAGAACACUGCUGAUAAACCCCGGUUAGCUUUUACAGGAUGAAGCGGGCAAUUGAACUACAUCUCCCAAAACCCUUGUUUUGCCUAUAAAGCAGUGCUUGAGAGGGGUAAAGAAACAUGCAAAGCAGCAUAACCAGUACAGCAAGUUGUAUUGGUUAUGUUUUAUACAGUGUCCUGGCACCAUACUAGAUUAUUUCGUAGCAUUUUGACAUAAACAGUGGCCCUUCCUGGAGACUGCUCCCUCCUUGGCACAUUAUAAAUGUUCAUGUCAUACAUGGCAUUAAUUAGUUGAGAGGCAACAUUCUGUCAACCACUGCUAGGUUAUUUAAGUUGAUAUUGAUAAUGUGGAUGUGUUAAUUAUGUAUUAUUAUUGUGGCCAAGUUGAUGGUGGGCUUUGGACUAAGGAAACAAUGGUUUUACACUAACCAGGCUUGUAGUGGAUAGUAAUUUUAAAGGUCUGGCUAGUAGUAUAGGACUUGACAUUUUAUGCCUUCUCUAUACAUAAUAUAACACAUAUGAUUUACCUUACCUGGUCCAUCCACCUCUAAACCAUGAAUGAUCAAUAUUUAUUAACACAGCUCAACAUCUCCAACCAAAUUUUAUUGGCUAUUAAGAUUGUUGUUUGUUUAAUCCUGUAAUUUUAGUGUAAUUUGUUUGAUUUCUAUAACAUAGAGCGGCGCAGUUUUUACGAAAAAUGGCAGACCCGCAGUCUAUUCAGGAAUCUCAGAACCUCUCCAUGUUUCUUGCCAAUCACAACAAGAUCACUCAGGUUUGUUUUUUGGCUUAUUGCUUCUUUUUAUGCAUGGUGUUUUUUUAAAUAUUUUUUUUAAAUUUUAUUUAUUUUUGUCACACUGCAUGUGUGGUAUUCAAUAUACAUUGGCAUAACAAACACGAUACAAUGAGAUGUCCCUGUGGGACGGUAUAACAUCAAAAAAAACAUUAGGACAUAGCACAUGCAGCAUGUAUUUUGUAACCUAUUUAGAUUAUAAGAGAUAUAAGUGAAAAACAACCAGUGUGCCCUAUGUGGAUGUAAUAAGGGUGUCAAUUGCCAGAUUAAGUUAUGUCCACUGAGGGGUAGGUGUACUUAUAAGUGGAGCCAACCAUUAGAUAGCCAUGGGGGGGGGAGGGGGGUAUGAAAACAUCAAUCGAGUGUGGCUGAUCGGCAUUUAGAUGCGUUGGGUAUGUGUCGCAGUGUCUUAAGGCUUACAGUGAGCCUCUGUAUUCAUGAUACUUGCAUAAGAGACAGUAUGAAUAAAUGAGAUUGCAUUCUAAUAAACACUGAAAGGAAAGUAAGCGAAUGAGAAAAGAAAAUAAAACGGAAAAACAAAGCAAUUUCUCACUGUGGUGUUUAUGGUGAGUGAUAAUGGUGGAAAUAAGUCUCCUUUAGAGGGUCAGCCUCGGUUUCCUCAGGUGGGUGGUCUGGUAAUCGAGGCUUGCUAAAGUGCUCUAGGAGUGACUUCCCAAAUGGUGGCGGGUUCAGCUGGGACAGGCUUGUUCCAGGUGUCAUUGAGGGUUGCAGUAUAUCCGCAGAUUUUAGGUGCGAUUCCAGCUCUUGAGAGCCCUGUGCUCUGUAUAAAGUCUGUUGUACGUGGACAGUAUAGCUUGCGGUGUCCCCCAUCUGAAGUGAAUCACUCUUGCGUGGAGAUGUUGCAGGAAAGGUUGCAGUGUUUAAAUUUCUUUUAAGGAUAUAGUUGUUUUUAAGCAAGACAAAAAAGUACAUACAAUCACAUUGUGUGUUCAUUAUCUGUCCUGUGUAAGCUAUGGAAUACUGAAAGAAGUACAGGGUGGUGUAUAUGGAAUCCAAUACAUCUUGCUCACUGUGCCAAUAACAUGCUUUCUUUCUAGUGGAUGGCUGUACUGCAUCUAGGAGGUAAUGCAUUUUUCAAGGGACAUUAUAGUCCCCAAAAUAACUUUAGCUUAAUGAACACAAAACUGCUUCAUUAAGUUGUUUUGGUGAAUAUAGUUUCCUUUGAAGUGGUUUGGGUGCAGUGUCUGAAUUGCACUUAGUGCAGUUCCAUUGUACUGUUACAUUGCAGUUCAAGAAAAACUGCAAUGUUUACAUUUCAGCACGAAGUCUGCCCCCAGUGGGGGCACUUCCUGCAUCCAAACAGACAUUUGGACCGGUAACUGAUGCUGGACGUCCUCACGCUCUGCAUGAGGACAUCCAGCGUCAAUUUUUCACCUUAGGAAAGCAUUGAUUCGAUGCUCUUCUAUGACCUGGUUUAAUGUGCGAGCUGCAUUUGCCGUGCAUGCGCAUUAGCGCCUGCUCGUCCGAGGGACAUUGGCGCUCGGGUAAGGUAAGUAAAUAAAUAAAGGGUUUUUAACCCUUAAUUUACCACGGCGGGGGUGGUGGAACAGAGGGGGGAGGCAGAGGGAGCUAUAGUGCCAGGAAUGCAGCUUUGCAUUCUUGGCACUUAUGGUGUCCCUUUAAACAGAAUCCCAAAAAGACCCACUGUUAUUCACAUAGCCACUUUUUGCCUUUUAGUACAUCCGCUAUAUUGGUGUUAACAAAACAUCCUAAUUUUCUUUUACUCUUGUAUCUAGUCAUUGCAGCAACAGCUGGAAGUCAUUCCAGGCUAUGAAGAGCUUCUUGCUGACAUAGUGAAUUUGUGUGUUGACUACUAUGACAAUAAAAUGUACCUGACGCCUGGAGAGAAACACAUGCUUCUGAAGGUAAGGGACCAUAUGGCUUCUUAUUAUUGUGGGGGUAAUUAGGGAAAGAGUUUGUUUUUCUUUACUAGAACUGUAACUUUAUUUAUUGUGUGCUAUGGUACCUACACAGAGCCUUGGGUAUUGAUUCCAGCUUGUAUUGUUCUACUUGGAUAACUGAAUAUUACAGAAGAUGAAACAUAGUAGCUGAUUUGUACUGCACUGAAGGGAAAGUUAUGCCAAACACUUUUAUUUUACAGCGCUGUUUUUAAAGCCGGUUUAGAGCAUUUAUUUUACAUUUUUUUGUUUUGUUUUAGUCUCCGAUCCCACAAGUAUAGGAAAAUGUCUAGAUUAGGGUACAGUUCCAUUAUACUAGAUACAAUUUUCUUAGGGGCAGUCUAAGCACCAUAGACACUACAAUCCAUGGCACUUCUGCACUAGUAAUACAUAUAGAAACAUAGAAUGUGACGGCAGAUAAGACCCAUUCGGCCCAUCUAGUCUGCCCAAUUUUCUAAAUACUUUCAUUAGUCCCUGGCCUUAUCUUAUAGUUAGGAUAGUCUUAUGCCUAUCCCACGCAUGCUUAAACUCCUUUACUGUGUUAACCUCUACCACUUCAGCUGGAAGGCUAUUCCAUGCAUCCACUACCCUCUCAGUAAAGUAAUACUUCCUGAUAUUAUUUUUAAACCUUUGUCCCUCUAAUUUAAGACUAUGUCCUCUUGUUGUGGUAGUUUUUCUUCUUUUAAAUAUAGUCUCCUCCUUUACUGUGUUGAUUCCCUUUAUAUAUUUAAAUGUUUCUAUCAUAUCCCCCCUGUCUCGUCUUUCCUCCAAGCUAUACAUGUUAAGAUCCUUUAACCUUUCCUGGUAAGUUUUAUCCCGCAAUCCAUGAACCAGUUUAGUAGCCCUUCUCUGAACCCUCUCUAAGGUAUCAAUAUCCUUCUGAAGAUACGGUCUCCAGUACUGUGUACAAUACUCCAAGUGAGGUCUCACCAGUGUUCUGUACAAUGGCAUGAGCACUUCCCUCUUUCUACUGCUAAUACCUCUCCCUAUACAACCAAGCAUUCUGCUAGCAUGUCCUGCUGCUCUAUUACAUUGUUAUCCACAUUUGUACAGGGAUGAUAAGCUAGCAGUGAAUGUGUAUAUACCCCCUUUUUUAUUUGCUGCAUUUGCCUAGAAUUGUCUCUCUUAACUGUGUGAAUCCUGUCUGUAAAUCAACCACUAUGCACGUCUCAUGCAUCAGUAAUAAAAUGUGCAUAUACAAAGAUGUCCGUUUAAUCCAGAUGUCCCCAUCCAACACCGAGACUGAUGACACACACUAUAGUUUUUGUAAAACAUAUUUAUUGAUUUCACAAGCUAAUAAUAAUACAAAUAAGUACAUUUGUUUUGCAUGUCUACUUUAAACCAUUUCCAUCCACUGUUAUCAGUUUAGCAUGGACAGCUUGUUAGUGGAAAUUAGUUAUUUAACUCUGCAGAUAUAAAGCACAUGCAGAGGGGAUGCUUAAAUACAGAGCAAAAUUCUUUCAUUUCACGCUGAUCUGCAGCUAGUUAAACUAAUAAUGUAAUAACAUCUAAAUCAGCUUUUGUGAGAAUGAACAGGUUUGCCUUCGUACAAAGACCUUAGCAGACCAAUAUUUAUUUUGAAAGGGAUCUGUAAUAUAUGUUUUCUUUUCCCUACUAUAGUCUCCAAUAGAUACAAUUCUUAGAAUAGUUGCCAGAUGGUAAUGCUCAGAUCUCACUUUUUUCUUUGUACAUAUUUGUAUACUAGUUUCUUUUGACAUAAUUUAAUAUUGCUUUGUUCUAGGUGAUGGGCUUCGGAUUGUACCUUAUGGAUGGGAGUGUGAGCAACAUCUAUAAACUGGAUGCCAAGAAAAGAAUAAACCUGACCAAGAUAGAUAAGUUCUUCAAGGUAGCUGGGCAGAGUGAUAACUUAGUUGUGUUCAAACAUGAUGCUGUAUUACUUAUACAAUGUGUAGGAUGGAUCAUAGGCGACACUCUAAGCAACUGUAUUAAAACAACAAUAUAUAAAUAGAAUAAAGAUUUUUUUUUAACGUGCAUAGAAUUGAAAAUGCUGUGGAUUAUGUUUCCGUUGCCAAAAUAAGACUAAUUGGGGGCCUCUACUGGUUCUUAUUUGAAAACCAUCUCUACAGUGGGUAGAAGUAUAUGGAUUUAAAGUCUACUAGUUAAUGCAUUCAUUUAGUACUAAGAUCAAAGGUGUAUGAUGAAAAGAAACUCCUUCAUAAAUAGGGAAGUAUCUUAAAAUGUAUUUACAUCUCUUUAACAAACAUUAACUUUGUUUGUGGUGUUGUGAGGUUCACCGUGAAAGCUCUAUUUCCAUUUGCACUACCUCUGUAGUGAACAAUAUUUUGUAUUUACAUCUAUGCAUAAAGAUCUUGUCCCAUCCAACCUGAUUACCUAACAACCCAGAAAGUGAGACCUUUACAAUUAUAAACAAAGCAAACUGGUAUGAUCUUCAUAUUUAGGAAAGCAGAGUGUUGGAGAUUCAUUAUGAAACUUGACACAUCCCAUGUCAAAAUAUCAUAGGGUAUGGGACGUGUAGUCUUCAAGUCAGACAAUGACAUCAAGACCUUGCCCUGUGCCUCUUCUGUUGUUCCCUUACUUUCGUCGUUCGAUACCUUUUGUGUUCGUGUACCAAUAACAUGGAGCAAUCCUGUUAUUCCUUUAAUGAUGCCUGGAUUUAACAUGGACACAAAUUACAAACCGUUAAAACAAAGCAUUAUAGUCUCAAUCUUCCCAGGCUGUAGUUUGAUCAAUGCCCUAGUGAAAAUGGAAACGUCCUGUUGCUGUCAACAUUUGUGAAAAUACAAUAACUGCUGUUUAUGACUAUUAUUUCCACGAACUCCUAAUUAGUCAGACAGACUAAGGGUACAGCGAGUUUUUACCAAAGAAACCAAUUCAGUCAGGUAUGAGGGCUAUUCUCAUGUGAUACAAAUACACAAUAAUAAGUCCUGCGCUGUGACUCCCACUACUCCUUAUCAGCAGCAAUAACCAUAGUACAAAUCAGCCCCAAUACAUCCAAUAAAAAAACAAAGGAAAAAAAGUUACUUGCGCACUAUUCCAAAUCCCUAUCCUAUUUAUGCAAAUGGAGGUUUUUAGUUCCACUCCAAUGGCCAUUAGAUGUAAGCUCAUCUGCCACGUCAAGGCAAAUCUCUGGUCCUACACUAACAAUUCACCUUGCUUCCUGCAGUUUCAGGCAAAACAAAAUCUCUAAUGAUCUAACCUGUUUUUAUCCUGUCUUUUUGCACAGCAAUUGCAGGUGGUCCCACUGUUUGGAGACAUGCAAAUAGAACUGGCGAGAUACAUUAAAACCAGUGCACAUUAUGAGGAGAACAAGUCCAGGUGAGUGUAGCUUUUAUUCUCUAUUUAAUAUAUUGAAGCAGGUGUAUGAACGAAUGCUUGUGUGCCACCAGGGAUGAUAUUUUAUUGGAAGGUUUAAUUGACCCCAUGUUUGACAUUCCUGAGAUUAAAGUAAACUGCUGCUUUUAUUAUUCAGUCCCUUGGCAUGGAUUGAGAGACGAAUUGACCACUCUAUUGGCAUUAACCCCUUUAGGACCAAACUUCUGGAAUAAAAGGGAAUCAUGACAUGUCACACAUGUCAUGUGUCCUUAAGGGGUUAAAGGCUGAGACCAGUAGAUCUAUUUUAGCUUUUUUAUUUUAUAUGUCAUGAUGUGCUCUUCCCCAUAGAACUUCCCUAAGGAUAUUUAAAUGUAAAAAAUGAUGCAAAGAAAUGGGGAUUGAGCAUUGAAGAUGGUAUUACAUUUGAUAUGACAAAAUUGGCCUUGGACAGUCAUUUUCAGAGAUGGUAAAAGACUCUGUCCCUAAAAUGUGUUUUAGCAAAUGUUUUAUGUAAUAGGGUAAGUAGCCGGAGUUACAGCUCCCAUGAAUCACCCCUUGACUUUAAUACGAAUAGUGGGAUCACUUUUUUUAAACAGUUCUCGAUAAUCCUGUUUAUGUGUAUAUAUGGUGGGUUGUGGUUGUUUUGGGUAGCCUUCCUUUUAGAAAACAAAAAAGUAUGCUUGCUAAUAUAUAGAUCAUUGUCCUAUAAGGGACUAAGGAUUUGUGUGAGAAACACCUGGUUUUUGAACCAUUGUGCAUGCUCAUGGCAAUUGCUCUACCAAAACGAAAAUCAUUGUGAAAAGAUGUGUGAAAGAGAUUACAAGAAAUAAUUAGUCUGCAUUGCCUAAAUAUUGUUCUCAUGGGUAUUCUGAAACAGGUGGACCUGUACCUCAUCCAGCAGCAGUCCACAGUACAACAUCUGUGAACAAAUGGUUCCGAUAAGGGAUGACCACAUGCGCUUCAUCUCAGAGCUGGCCCGUUACAGCAAUAAUGAAGUGAGUUCAGCUUGACUUUCUCCUUCUGUUUUACUGAAUGAUAGACUUACAACAAAAAUUACAGUACAUGUGAAUACAGUGAGAUCAAUUAAGUCUAGGGUUAAUAAAAACCUAUAUCAUUCUCAUAUAUAUUUAUUUAUUUAUUUAUUUAUUUAAAGAACCAAAUAGGUCUACCUAAUUGUAAGGUUGAAGGGAGAGUAAAGGAUGUUGUGUCCCUUGCUUGAUAUUUUAGGAGUUGUGUAUAAUUUAGGACUUAAAAAAACUUGUUUUGAUUCUUAUUAUUAAUUUUGCCUAAGGUGGUGACUGGAUCUGGCCGCCAGGAAGCCCAGAAGACAGAUGGAGAAUAUAGGAAGCUAUUUGAUUUGUCCUUGCAAGGACUGCAGCUUUUGUCUCAGUGGAGUGCUCACGUCAUGGAAGUGGUAUGUCACUUUGCAGAAGUAAUAUUUGAAAGUAAUAUUUGCUCAGGAACACUGGAAAUCACUGGUAAGCUGCUAAAAACAGAAAGUGUCCAUUUCUCUAAGGUGGCUGUGGAGGGUGUCACAGUCUAUUAGUGCUCGAUUAGGAUUAAGUCCUGAAAUAUUCUGCAAAUUAGUAUGGUAUUUCUCUUCCUAUAUCAGUUAGAGUAAUCAUGUUCUUGAAAACAAUAUUGUUAUGUACAAACUGUCAUAUUUCAGUAUUGACAAGCAGGCUUGGAGGCCAUCAUUUGAUCAGUAAUCUUCCCUCCACAAGUAAAUUUAGAAUGUUCCUCAUCUGUCAGAUCCAUUAAUUGUAUAUAUCCCAUGUAUUCAUGUAUAUACUAUCUAUUUAUAGUGCUCGGUUAUAAAAAGGUCAUGACAUUUUUUGUUUGAUUUUGUUAAAUAGUACUCUUGGAAGCUCGUGCAUCCAACGGAUAAAUAUUCCAACAAAGAUUGUCCAGACAAUGCCGAAGAAUACGAGAGAGCCACGCGGUACAACUACACAAGCGAGGAGAAGUUUGCUCUGGUUGAAGUAGGUACCUUUCUUGUCUUUUUAUUAAUGUGAACAGACUAACCUGCCGGCUAAAAUUGUAAUCGCAGGUGGUUCCCUUAUUUACCACUUAAAAACUACUCACAUGCAGCCAAGGUACACUAAAAACAGGGGGGUAACCCCUAGUGGAAAUAAAUAAUAAACACAGAAGGUAGUGUACCUAAAAAAUGGGAGAAAAAGACUAGUGCUAGACUUCUGAAUAGAGGAUUGAAGAUAUAAAGCACAUUUAAAAAGACCACAGGGUCUUAAAACAAAAAAUAACUUUAUUCGAUAUUCUUAAUGUCAAAAUAAUAAAUAAUGGGAAUGGAUCCCAAAAAAAUUAAAAACAACAAGAAAAAUACAUACUGAUGGUAUAGGAUGAAUACUGAUGUCUUGGAAUAUAACUAAUCUCCCCUCUGACGAGCUUAGUGGGCGAAACGCGCGCGUCAGGGGCUUAGGGCGUUAUUAAGCCGUCUCUCCUUAUCAUACUUGUUUAUUAUUUUUUCUUAUGAUCUUUUAGGGACCUUUUCACUUUUCCACGGGGUUAGACUCAGGUGCCCCCGAAGGCACGGGGGUAGUCAGUUUGUAGGACCAAUCUAUUUCCUUUUUUUUUUUCUUUUUUUUUUUUUAUUCUCUGCUCAUCAAGCUUUAUUAUCUAGGACGCUUAUUUAUUUUCAGUAUUCAGUACAUAUUGGCAACGUGCUGGUAACAUAGUAUCUACUCUUUUUCUGUAACUACUUUACAUCUGUAGACUUUGAUGUACAGUCAGCAUAAUAACAAUCUUACAAUCUAUUUUCUCAUCUAGUUCUAAUACGUUUAGUCUUCUCCUAUUCUGAUAUCCCAGGCCUCUACUGAUAAUCAGUUAUUGAUUCUGACUGUUACUAAUCCUAUCUGUAACUCCUGUCAGAAAUUUCAGUAUCUAAUGGCAAUCUUAGGGUUAUAUCUUUAACCACCUUUUUCCGUUUCUACUCAGUUUGCUUCUUUAUGAUAUUGCUAUAUUUUCAUCUAUAUUUCACUCUACUAUUAUUCCAAGUCUUUGGAUUAUUAUUAGGUGAUGCAGAUUUGAUUUUUUUUGUUCAAUGGUCCUAGUAUAUAUUCAUUCUAUUACCCCUUUACUUAUGCACAACUAUAUUUAAACCCCCUUUUCCAAUACAGCACAGAUAUGUGCUGUGGCUGAGUGUAGUUAUAUUCCAAGACAUCAGUAUUCAUCCUAUACCAUCAGUAUGUAUUUUUCUUGUUGUUUUUAAUUUUUUUGGAUCCAUUCCCAUUUUUUAUUAUUUUGACAUUAAAGGACCUCUCUAGGCACCCAGACCACUUCAGCCUAAUUAAGUGGUCUGAGUGCCAGGUCCUUCUAGGGUUAACCCAUUUUUUUAUAAACAUAGCAGUUUCAGAGAAACUGCUAUGUUUAUGAAUGGGUUAAGCCUUUCCCCAUCUUCUAGUGGCUGUCUCAUUGACAGCCACUAGAGGCGCUUGCGUGCUUCUCACUGUGAUUUUCACAGUGAGAGCACGCCAGCGUCCAUAGGAAAGCAUUAUGAAUGCUUUCCUAUGUGACCGGCUGAAUGCGCACGCAGCUCUUGCCGCGCGUGCGCAUUCAGCCCAGGAGGAGGAUCGGAGGAGGAGAGAAGGAGGAGAGCUCCCUGCCCAGCGCUGGAAAAAGGUAAGUUUUUACCCCUUUCCCCUUUCCAGAGCCGGGCGGGAGGGGGUCCCUGAGGGUGGGGGCACCCUCAGGGCACUAUAGUGCCAGGAAAACGAGUAUGUUUUCCUGGCACUAUAGUGGUCCUUUAAGAAUCUCAAAUAAAGUUAUUUUUUGUUUUAAGACCCUGUGGUCUUUUUAAAUGUGCUUUAUAUUUUCAAUCCUCUAUUCAGAAGUCCAGCACUAGACUUUUUCUCCCAUUUUUUAGGUACACUACCUUCUGUGUUUAUUCCUUAUUUACCACUAUAAUGUCUUAAAGCAUAGAACUUAGUAGGGCUAACCAUACAGAUAUCUUAGCCAUAAUUUUAUAUAGUGUAAGAGAUCCUCUAUUUAACAUAUAUAAAUAAUUGAGAAUACAAUAUAAAAUAAGGAUUGUCUUGGAAGCAAUAGUUUUGUCUUUUUGGAUAUUAUAUAAAAAUAUAAAUAUAAAAUCCAUUAUAGCAGAGUUUAUAAGAUUAAAUUACAUGCUUGCAAAUAUCAUUAAUAGCUUAACAUACCCUUCUGAACAUGUCAUCAUGUCAGCCUCUCUGUCAUUUUAAGAUGGAGCAGCGUCUGUCUCCAAGUCUCUCCUCUGUGUCUUAACAUUUAAAAGUACCCCUAUUUAUACCUUAGGUGUCUCCAUUUUAGGGUUACCAUAGUUCAUAUGUGAAAAAGUAACACUUCUUUUACUUUAUUCAUUUUAGGACCUCCCUUAAUUUGGCAAACAUACAAGGCCAUAACUAAAGGGUGUAUACGUCAUGGAAAUUUUCCUGACUUAGUUCAAGAUGGCAUCUUAAAGUCUGAAUAGGUUAUCUGUUGUUUAUACUAAGUCGUAAGUGUACAGUCGUGGGAGAUUCCCGGAUUGGGGGACGUUCCAUUAACUUGGGGUUACAACCGUAUAUUGUGUACUGAAAGAGUCGUAGUAUAGCCUUGAAGCUUGUUUAUGCAUUAUUGUUAUUGUAAUUCGUCUGGGACAAAAUGGAGCAAACAUAUUAUGCACUGAGGUUAUUGCUUAAUGAAACAGUUAUGAAAAAUAUGUUCCAUUUCUAACACCUUGUCCGUUUGCAAUAUCUCUUAAAGACAAAGUACACAGUUUAAGAAAUACACCAUUUCAUUCUAAAACUUGUAAUAUUUACAUUUGCCCAUAACAAAAUAAUUGCAACUGUUGCCAGUUUUAUGACAUUGAAGGUGCUUUCUAUAUGUUGAGUUAUACCAAAUAAAAAAAAUGAUGACUGUGAGGUUUAUUUGGGAAGUAAAAGUUGUCAUUGGCAUAAAAAAAACUAAAAAUCCCAAAUGUAUCUCUAAAAAAACAGAUAAUUCCCUUGUUUGGUUUAUAAGCCGUGAAAAUAAACCUAGUUUUAUCAAGUAGAUAAAAGGUAGUUAGUCCAUCUAGAUUGGGAUUCUUUUUGUCUGAAUGUGUCUAUUCACCUCUGCCAAUUGACGACGCUGUGCAUUUACAACACUAAGAUGGUGUACAAUUAUGCAUUUGUUUUUGUGUGUUUUACAUCUUCCUUCAUCCACUUAGGUGAUUGCCAUGAUUAAAGGUCUUCAAGUCCUUAUGGGUAGGAUGGAAAGUGUGUUUAACCAUGCCAUUCGCCAUACUAUAUAUGCUGCUCUUCAAGACUUUGCUCAAAUUACCUUGCGCGAGCCAUUGAGACAAGCUAUCAAGAAAAAGAAGAAUGUAAUUCAUAGGUAAGAGGAACACACCCAUUUUGAUUAUAUUGCUUGUGGUUUUUUUUGUUUUUUUUUGUCAAAAGAAUAGCUGGCUAUAGUUCAUCUAAAAUGCAAAUAAGAAAUCAUAUGGAAAAUAUCGUGUGUGUGUAUGUGUAUAUAUUAUAAUCCAAAAGAAAGCAAAAAACCUAGUCUGAAACACUUCCAAUUUUGCAACAAACUAGAAAAAAUCUAUCUCUGAGACAAUCCAGCACCUAGUAGCCGGAUUCAAGAUGUUAGCAUACACUGAGAUGGGAUUGUGUACCGAAACAUCUGCACAGAAUAUGGAUUGGACCUGUUUAAGUCCAGAUGGGACAUACCACAAAGGCUAGUUGAGAAUGACAGGACGAAGAUCCGGUGGGACUUCAAGAUCCAGACAGACAAGCAAGUGCUGGCCAACCAACUCGACAUCGUGGUGGUAGACCAGGAACGGAAGACUGCAGUCAUGGUGAACAUGGCAAUACCCAGUGACUAUAACAUCAGGAAGAAGGAACAUGAGAAGGUGGAGAAAUACUAAGGACUAAAAGAAGAACCUGAAAGGAUGUGGAAAGUGAAGGCAGUAGUAGUCCCAGUUGUGAUAGGAGCACUCGGGGCUGUGACACCCAAGUUGGGGGAGUGGCUUCAACAGAUUCCAGGUGGGACAUCUGAGAUCGCUGUCCAGAAGAGUGCAGUUCUAGGAACAGCUAAGAUACUACUCAGAACCCUCAAACUCCUAGGCCUCUGGUAGAGGAUCUGAGCAUGAGGAAUCAACAUACCACCUAGGAAGGGUGAGAAUAUAUAUAUAUAUAUAUAUAUAUAUAUAUAUAUAUAUAUAUAUUUAUUAGUUGUCCUAGUUUGUUGCAAAAUUUUAAGUUUUUCAGACUAGUUUUUUCUUUUUUGCUUUCUUUUGGAUCAAAGGCAAAAAUAAAUGUGAGAGAGGCUGGACUUAAUUAAUGCAUGUCUCUUUUCAGCUGUGUAGCCAUGUAACUAUGUAAUAUAUGAGUAUCAGAGUGUUAUUAAUGGUAAAGGUUCACAAACAAAUCAUAUAGUGUAUUAAAGUUGACAAUUUGUAGGUUGUGUGUUCACGAUAUUAAGGUAACUUUUCAAUACAUUGAUAUUUAUAUGUCAAUAAACAGCUUUAGAGUGUCUUAAAUGCAGCAAAUCUGAGCAGACACAUUUUAUCCCUGCAACAGUGUGCUCCAAGCAAUUAGAAAGACCGUUUGUGACUGGGAGGAAGGACAUGAACCAUUCAAUGAUCCUGCCCUAAAAGGGGAAAAAGACCCUAAAACUGGAUUUGAUAUCAAGGUUCCAAGACGUGCUGUUGGGCCAUCCAGCACUCAGGUACUUCUAAGCUAACCUUCCCAUAAGUUUUUUAGCAACUGGUUUACUUUGAAAUUCUUAGUAAGGAAUGCAAGCAAAGCAAAACUUUAUAUACCAGGUUUAUUAUAGUCCAGGAACUGUGAAUGCAGGCUGAAAUUCAAUUUUUACAUGCUGAUCUUUCUUUGUGACUCUGCAAGUUUCUAGCUCCAUGUACUUAGUAAGAUUUCACUAUAUAUAUAUAUAUAUAUAUAUAUAUAUAUAUAUAUAUAUGAGUUUAGUAUAAUCUAUAUGUGAACGUUCAAAUGUUAGGUCUUCAGAGAAUGUAUUUGAUGAUUUAGAUAGAUGAAUUUUGUGUAAAUUAGGAUGGCAUAGGGAAUUUUUGUAAAUAAUGCAGCAGGAACCCUUAGGUGAAUGAUGGCUCACCAUGGCAAUCUAGAUGUGUGGGAACUACAUUCCCCUGUUGCUUGACCUGCCUAAAUGAAAGUGGUUUAAAAUAUCUGAGAUGCAGUCCAUCACCAUGCUGAAUUAAUGGUCAUGCUUGCACUUGAUUUUUUUUUUUUAUUGCAUAAUUGUUUCUUAAUCAAAUGUGAUUUUGUUGUAAUUAAUGUUACAUAAUUUCAUUAAUUAUAAAACGCAGGGAGGUGGGAGUAAGAUGAUUUUAGUUCCUUAAAUCUUUAAAAAAAAAAAAUGAAAUAAAAAAAUUUAAUGUUUUAAUCUGGAUACAAAAUCGAUUACCACCAAUGUUUUCUCUUUCUCUGUCUUUCUUUGGCUUGCUGUUGGUUGCUAGGAGGGGUGUGUUACGUCUUCUGUAAUCCUUGGUACAGUUCUACAGUCGUCAAUAUAUUGCUUUCCUGUUAAGGACACAUAAGCUCUUGUUUGUCUCUGGUAACUAUACUAAGCAACCCUGUGCAUGUCAGUGCAUCAUUAAUAUCCACUACAGCAGUUCUAUAUGAAAUCUCUAAUCAAAGCUGUGGCGUGAUUGCCACUAACAAGAUGUAUUGCCAUUACAAAACAAUGUCUCAUGCUACUAGGUUUUCCUUUGUCUACAGUAGACUCCUUUUGAACCAUUUGAAAGUUUUUAUAACAAUGGAUCAAGUUCAAGAACUUCUUCCAGACUAAAUCCAAAAACAAAAACCAUUCCAGAAGUUAAAAAAAAAAAAAAGCCACUAAGCUCUGUCCAUAAAAUCUAUAUCCCAAACCAUAUAUAUUCUGUUGAUAUCCUUGUUUGUGAUAGACGUGUUGAGGAUCUAAGGUGCUCCUGUUUGAAAAUUAUUUAUUUUUUUUAAGCAAAAUUUUAUCAAAUAAAUAUCUGUAUAGCAAAAAGGAAGGAUGGUAGUGGAAAUAAAUGUCGCUUGGCCUUCCUAACGUACUAAUGUUUUCUUUCUGUCUGUUUUUUUUUCCUUCCUUCUUUUUACCAACACUUUCUCCUCCUUGACUUUGGCCGCUCUCCCUCUCCUGCCUAUCUCUCUUUCACGUUGGUUUUCAGCUCUUCAUGGUGCGCACAAUGGCGGAGUCCUUGAACUCUGCAGAGCUGUUCAAGCAGCUCAAGUCUCUGGGAAUGGAAAAGUUAUUGCAUGUGAUAAAGCGAUUUCUGAGGGAGUCCUACUCCUAUCCAACUCUUUUAAACUUUGGUGGUAAGACGAUACUCCCAUUUGCACUGCUUUGAAAUGCUCAAGACGCUGCUGUUUCUAUCCUAAAUGAAACGGCUGUUUGUGUACAUAAACAAUGCAUGCACGUGUUGCAACACAUCCCUGCAGAGUCUUUGUACCUUUGUGGGAAUGUAGUUUAUACGUUUCACAGCUCUCAUCCAUGUGAAUGUCAUUUUGAACAGUGUAGCUAGUGUUUUUGAUACCAAUCUCUGUACAUUAAUGUGCUGUGUGUUGUUUUUUUCCCCCCUUACUUGCACCUGCCCUCCUGUGAAUACCUCUCCCUUUUAAUGACAAAGCUUUACAUGGUGAGAACCAUGCUAGAGUCACUCAUUGCUGAAAAAAGCGGUUCCAAGAAAACACUACGGAGUAGCCUAGAAGGUCCCACCAUAUUGGACAUAGAAAAAUUCCACCGAGAAUCUUUCUUCUACAUACAUUUGCUUAAUUUCAGUGGUAAGAUUGUGGUGUGAUCAGUGUGCUGCUGGUAUGUCCUAACACAUCUAACCACACAGCCAAAAAUAAUGUCAUUGCUGCUUUUAAUUUCUUAAUAGGACUUGGAAAAUGAAAUAUACAUUAAAAGAUUUAGUGUAGCUUUCCCUACACAAUUACCUUUUCGGACCUUUUUUUUUUUUCUCUCUCUCAUCUGAAACCUUAUGUAGUGUAAUGCCUGUGAACAAAAAUGAAACUAAUGGGGGCUGCUGUUCAACUUUGGAUAUGAAGGCCGUCAUCUCAUGGGACAGAGGGACAAACUAAUCUGCGAAUAUGCUGCCAUAUAUCUGAAAAAGCAUCCUGCGUUAAUAAAUGUUGUUUUUUUUUUUGUUUUUGCUUUAUGCCAUAUGCUAGUUUUUGUUUUCUUUUUAAAUUGAAUUUUUAUUGUAGUGGUUGUCAUUUUCAUUGACACCACUGUAGGUAUAUCAGCAUUGAGCAUCCCAAAAAAGUGUGUGACUGUGUAAAUGCAUGUAAAAACAUGAAUGCAAAUUACUGGCCAUGACCUUGGGCUAGUAGUUGCACCCAUAUUUUUCAUGAAUCAACAUGCUUGCAGUAAUUGGCCAUAUACCCUCAGAACUAAGUGCUCCACAAAAUAUCCCAGAAAACCCCUGCUGGGCUAGGCCCUGGAUUGACUGCUCAUUGCAGAAGCAGUACAUUGGUGGCAGAAUCCUAGAUUUUCUGUAAACAGAGUUAUUCUAGAAAACUGUGCUUAUUGCCCUCACUAAUUUUGUAUAUGUUCUUUCCAUGAUGCAUCUGUAAAGGAUGUAAAGGUCUGAGUGUAGUGUCCCUUUACCUGCUUUGUAUGUUUAUUUAAUGUUUAGCAUCUUCUAAAGUACUGCAAAAAAACACUGAUCUACGUAAGGUCACACAGAGAAAUAAAAAGGUAUUCUCAUUUCGAAAACAUUUCUAAUGAUUUGUAUGGUUCUACCAUGUAUCCAUGGCUAAAAUAGUUAAAAUUACAAAAAAUACAGCUAAUACCAUUUUAAAUUAGACAUACUAUAAAACUAUUUUUGCUUGUUAAUAUAGGUAAGUUUGAAAGGAAAUAUUGGUGAGAAUUCUACCUCCACAAGAAAGACUAAUAGUGAUAUUAAAAAAAAUCUGUGGGGUGGAGCCCUGGAGCUGCUAGAUAUGCCACGAGCGAGCUCCGGCUUACUGGUUUCCAAAAGCCUUUUCUUAUUGAAGUACUGGCCACUUAAUUUAUAUAAUCCGAUACUUACCAUCAUGGGUAGACAUUCUAAGAAGUUGCAGACCCCACCAGCUGCAUGUUCUUGUGAUAUUGGAGACUAUUUGGCCCAAGCCCUGAGCAGGCAUGCUCCUAAGAUGGAGUCUGUGUCUGCCCAAGACUCUUUGUUCUCGGACUUCUUUUCAUUUGCUUAUACCACCAUUACUGAGACGAGGAAGAUACAAUCCCCUCUAUGAAGAGAGACAUUAAGGCUCUUCUUAGGGAGCUGAAGCAACUAUUAGCGGUGGGAAAUGUCCAGGAAGAGCUACACAACCUUGGAAGCAGUGAAGAAGGAAGUGUGGAUCUUAAUUGGUACCACACUGAAACGACUGACACCGUAACUGGCCCUCAGGGGACAUGUGAGGCUAUGCAAUUCAGAAAGGUGGCCUUGGAUGAUGGUAGUCGCCACAAACACAUUUAGAUCCGUGGCAUUCCUGACUCAAUCACAGUGGCUAACUUGCCAUCUUAGAUCAGCUGUUUAUUCACUGCAAUGCCGUUGCGCAAGGCCUCUGCCAUUCUGAUAGAUGGGCUCUUCAGAGCUUACUUGGAGCGAAGUCCAAAGGCUCCUGUGAUGUGAUAGCGCACAUAAGUUAGCCAUAAUGAAAGCUGCCAGAAGUAUACCCUCUUAUAACUUUGAGGGCAACUCCUUGUCCUUUUACCGUGAUCUAUCCCAAACCAUUCUGAGAUGGAGGGUCUUGAAGAGACAUGUAACCCAGCUACUCCUUGACAAGGUAAUCUCAUAUCAGUUGUAAAACCCUGGUUCCUAUUAGUGGAAUGUAACCGAGUGAUACUGAAGAUGGUCUUUACAGUGGAAGCACCAGCGUUCGAAUUGGAAUUCUUUUUGCAUCCUACCACAACAAGCACCAAUCCAGAUGACCGGGGAUGUGGCUGCAGUCCCUACCUUCGUGCUGGCUGGCAUUCUAUUUCUAACUGCAGGUUCACCUAUUGUGCCACAGGUGGUGUGGCCUAUUCACACUGUGUUACCCAAUAGCUCCAUAUAUUCCUUAUUUACUUUUAUAGUAUCUCCCCCAAAAUUGUAAUGUUUGUUUUUGUAUCCGGCUUUACCAAAAAGGGGGUUAAAGCUAGCUUUAAUAAUUCACAUUAACUAAUAUUGACCAACAUUUUAAAUUACAGCUAUUGAUGAACCAUUCUCAAAAAUGCUCUGAUAGCUGAACAGCAGACAUGGGAUGAUAUUAUUUGAUUAGAAUACCAAAAGAACAAAAUAUUUACAUAUCUGUAUUAAGUGUGGUCUGAUUCAGUCAAGAAUUCAACUUCCUUUUUGGAAGUCACUUGCUGCAUCAGUAAAAUUAUCAUAAAGCAAUCCCUCGCAUGCCAUGUUCACCAUUAUGUUGAAAAUUAAAUAAGAGUUGUAGAUCAGUGUUUUCCUUAUGCAGUAAAAAAGUAAUUCACAUAGCUAUUUAACUGAAGGUCCUUCUUGAGUCUGUAAGCCAUGCCCUUCUGGUUCUCCUCUGCAUAUUGUUUUUCGGUGCCUUCGGUGCUUGUGCUUGCUUAUAUUUUCAUAUUGUAUGUGCCUGCGUCUUUGUCACUGUCUUGUUUCCUCUUAAAGAAACCUUACAGCAGUGCUGUGACCUGUCCCAGCUGUGGUUCAGGGAGUUCUUUUUGGAGUUGACUAUGGGCCGCAGAAUUCAGUUUCCUAUUGAGAUGUCUAUGCCCUGGAUUCUGACUGACCAUAUUCUGGAGACCAAGGAAGCAUCCAUGAUGGAGUAAGCAUGCUCAUGACUCUUUUGGCUUUUCUAGUUAUAUGUGCGGUGCUAUAAUGUUUACCAAAUGGAACAAUUGAUCUACACUCAUUUAUUAUUUUAACUCUUCCUUCAGCUGCCUACACGCAUUGUGUAUUUUUCUACACUCACAAACUUAAUGCAUGCAUAACAAUCUGAACUAUAUGAAAUCAUUGCUUUGUAUAUUCUUUUGCUCAUUGGAAGUUUUACAAAGGUAGAGAGUGUGUGAGCGUUUGGCUCUGUAGAAAGAACCUUGGCAUGUAGUGGAAGUUUGGGAGGUGCAUGCUGAUGGGCAGGAAAGAGGGGAUUAAAACUAUAGAGUAAACAAACAAUCUUUUGGUACAAAGCAAGCAGACACAGGACACACAGUUAAAAGGGACAUAGGUAAGAAAUCUAGAUCUACAACACAAGCAUUGCUUUGUGAGUCUCUGUACAGCUGUAUGUGACCGUUCAGCACUGCAUAUAUUUUGUGUUUAGAUGUAAUCUUGACUCAUGAAACUUCCCUAAUGGUCUACAUUUCUAUUAGUUCCUCUUAUUUAGUAUUAGUUUGUCAGUUAUCCUACUAAUAUACAAAUUGUAUGUAGGACGGUUGGAGCCAUAAUCGGAUUGAUAAUGCAUUAUUUUUGGUGUCUAUUACUAUUCUAGAUAUGUGCUGUAUUCUCUGGAUCUGUACAAUGACAGUGCACAUUAUGCUCUUACAAAGUUCAAGAAGCAGUUCCUUUAUGAUGAAAUUGAGGCUGAGGUAAGUCUGAUUUCAUUAAAGACACAGUUAUUCACUAAAGUUAGAACGGUUGGGAUUUCAAAGUGAAUUUCAAAUUUAAGGCCAAAGUAGCCAACUCAUUAUCAAAAGUUAAAAGGUUUGACUUCUUACCUGUGGCCCACUGGGCACCUCUCCCCACCUCCACUACUGCUCAGUGAGAGCCGUAUGCUGUCAUCAAUGAGUUAAGAGGUACGAGUGGUGUCCAUUGGAUGUCGGGUAAGAUGUCAAACUGUUCUAAAACUUCCUGGUUCUUUCCAUAGGGAAAGGAGGUACACAGGGACACUCCUCGCACCACUGUAGCACUUGGCAGUGGUUAUGGUGCUUGCAGUGUUCCUUUCAUGUGUAGGGUAAAAGCUUGUUAAAUUACCGUAUAUACUCGUGUAUAAGUCGAUCUCAUGUAUAAGUCGAGUGCAGUUUUGUGACCAACAAUUGUGAAAUAUGCUGUGCCUCGUGGAUAAGUUGAGGGUAAAACUUGGGGCUAUGAAAGUCUGUGAUUUUUAUAAUUAUAUAUACGCACACUCAUACAAACACACACACUGCAUUAUACACACACACACUCAUACAAACACACACUCUGCAUUAUACACACACACACUCAUACAAACACACACUCUGCAUUAUACACACACACUCAUACACAAAUUCUGCAUUAUACACACACACACUCAUACAAACUGCAUUAUACACACACACUCAUACAAACACACACUCUGCAUUAUAUAAGUAACAGAGAGCUGUUACUUACCUUUCCUGCAGCCCCUGUCAGCUCCCUUCUCCUCCGGUCCGGUCAGCUCCACUGUAAGUCUCGCGAGAGCCGCGGGGUCAGAGCGCGAGACUUACAGUGGAGGAGAAGGGAGCUGACCAGAGCAGCUCUCUGCCAGCCCCCAACAGGACUGCCGGGCUUGUAAUGAGCCCGGCGGUCCUGGUCUGUAUUAUGGCAAUGUAAGUUGCCAUAAUGCAGACACUGACUCGAGUAUAAGUCGAGUGGGGGUUUUUCAGCACAAAUAAUGUGCUGAAAAACUAGACUUAUACUUGAGUAUAUAUGGUAUGUAGAAAUCUGUGGGCCAUAUUGUCAUGAAGGAUUUUUUCAUAUUUUGUGACCUUCAAAUUAUUAUUUUUUUCUUUUUCACCUUGUUUUGAAAAAAGGCGCAGAAACAAAGAUACAUGAAAGAUGAACCUGAUAGACCUUUGUAAUUGGAGGAAGCUUAACAUUAAUUGGAGAUCCAAAAGUAAAUAUCAGAUUGGUAGAGACUAUCUUUGUCUGGCUUAGCACUUGGAUAAUCAGAUUAUAUGUCUUUGGUAAGCCAGCGGUUAAAGGGUUCCUUCAAGCAUCAUGUCCACUUCAGUGUUUUGAAGUGAUCAUGGUGUCUGCUGUUUGUAUGUGCAGCAUUUUGCUAUGAUACGCUGCACAUACAGAAUUUAACCUCUCUACUCUCAGAGGUGUAACUCAUCGUCCAGCAGAGUCAUUACACAGCCUGGGAAUAACAGUCCUAAACUGGUCACUGUCAAUUUUGUGCAUAUUAGAUGUCUGAUAUUAGCACGCACAAUAUGCUCACGGUAAGCGUCCUGUGGUGGUACUGCAGGAUUGUCCUGAGUUGAUAACUUGACCAGAGGUAAGACGAUGCUUUAUUUUUAAAGUUUGAGGGGGGAAAACCAGAACAGCAAGGGUUAGUCUAACAAAAACACUGUUUUUUGGUUGGAGUAACUCUUUGACUAUUCAUUUACCAGAUAAGACAAUCCAUUCUACCUAGUGGCAUUUAAUCUCUGGUUUCUGUCUUCUGCAGGUCAACCUGUGCUUUGACCAGUUUGUCUACAAACUAGCGGACCAAAUAUUUGCUCAGUAUAAAAUUGUAGCUGGCAGGUACGUAUUAAAACAGUGAAAUGUAUUCAUAAAUGUUUAAAUAAGUUUAGUGGACAAUGUGCUUAUGUACCUCAUGUCUUGCAGUCUUCUUUUAGAGAAACGAUUACGAACAGAUUGUAAAAACCUAGGAGCUAAUAUUUCUCCACCAACUUCCAACCGGUACGACACUUUGCUGAAACAGCGACAUGUCCAGGUGAGAACAUAUACAGGCUUUGGAGUGGGCUGUGAAUACUUAAUUUAAUAAAUGGAUACUUUCUCUGUUUUUAGCUACUUUCUUUUGUGACUUUAAGUGCAUUCUUCCAGUUAUUAUCAAACUGCUUUGUCUUUAACGUAAGUGAAAUCAUGAAUUGGCACUCUGUUGGCAUACUUCAAAACAUAAAGGCAUAAUUUUCUUCCAUAUCCUAUUACAGAGAAUACAUCUUUUAUCCACGAACAUUCAUUUCUUAGGGCUGAUAUAAGAGAAAAAUAUCAGUGAAAAAACUAAGUCACUAGUAGGGGUAUAAAGUGAACAAAGGAGCUAUUAUGAUGAACCUCACAGCACCACCUAACAGAAGUAAAAAAAGAUACUUCUACUGAGUAUAAAAGCUAAAGCUCCACGUUAAAGAGAAUGAAUACCAUCUGAAAAUACAGUAUCUAUGGAAGAAAAAAACUAUACAUAGCGUUAUACAGUAUAGACAAAAUAAAUGGGGAGGGGGGAAAGUGAGAAAUCUCACAAGACGUCUGGUAAUUCAGGCUUAUCUCCCCACAAUAAGGGGAAAUGUAUGGGCGCGUCUGUUAUUUCUUCUGUGUGCUUGAUGGGCAGACGCAAACCGGAAAUGACAAUGCUAUACAGUAAAUUUAUUGCUUUCCACGUUGGAACGCACGCGAACGCCAGCUGAUCGGAAGGUCUGAAAUUAAGAAGCAUACUUAAACGAAGACAGAGAAUCAAGCUCCCAGAUCCCUGAGGAAGUCAGUGUAUCGGACUAAACGCGUUGGAUAUUUAAUUGUUGGACUUUAAUUUGUUUUUAUUGUUCCCCUCUUUUGAAUAUGUUUUUUUUUUUAUUUAAUUUUUUUCUUCCUGUUGCCGGGCUGCUGUUUGCUGUUCCACCUACCUUCUGCAGUAUAUUGCUCCAGGUCCACUCUGGGUGAAGAUAAGCCUGAACUCAUUGCCCUCUUUUGCCAGCUGAACUUCCACUCCAUACAUAACCCCUUAUUGUGGGGAGAUAAGCCUGAAUUAGCAGACGUCUUGUGAGUUUUCUCACUUUCCCCCCUUCCCAUUUAUUUUGUCUAUACUGUAUAACGCUAUGUAUAGUUUUUUUUCUUCCAUAGAUACUGUAUUUUCAGAUGGUAUUCAUUCUCUUUAACGUGGAACUUUAUCUCUUAUACUAAGUAUAAGUAUCUUUUUUACUUCUGAGAAAAAUAUCAUAUGCACAACCAGUCAUUAAUUGGUAACAAAAUAAUAGUUUUUGGUGCCUGCAGAUAACUCAUAUCUUACCUUUACCACUUCCCUUUUUUUUUUUUUUUUUUAACUUUUGGUCGACAGGAGACUUAUUCACUUCUUAUGUGGUGUUGGGGGGGAACAACUAAAAUAGCUCAGCUCUCCUAUCAGAUUUAUUUCCUUAUUAUUAUACUGCCCUUUUAGAAACAUAGAAUGUGACGGCAGAUAAGAACCAUUCAGCCCAUCUAGUCUGCCCAAUUUUCUAAAUACUUUCAUUAGUCCCUGGCCUUAUCUUAUAGUUAGGAUAGCCUUAUGCCUAUCCCACGCAUGCUUAAACUCCUUUACUGUGUUAACCUCUACCACUUACACUGGAAAUGUCAAACUGUUCCCUCAGCUAAAGCAAGUAACCCAGAUUUUAAAAUACAAUGUAAAAGGUAAGAAUCUGCACACACAUUUACCUAGAAUAUAGCUAUGUUUUAAUUGUGAACAUUUAAAUUUUAAGUAAUUGCUGCAAGAAUUAGCGAGAAAGGCAUGAUUCUACUUAAUAGCCAGAAAAACAGCUGUAUGAGAAACAAAUCUCCAAAUGUUGGGUAAGAAACAAAACAGAAAUUACUGACGUAGUGUGAAGAGAGCCACAAAAAAAUUUUUUUACACAGAGCUGUAUUUUUACAAUCUGUGAUCAGCCAGGAGGGCAUUGCUAGAGCCAAUCUCAGGAUCCUUUGCACACAGUACGUAUGAAGAUUUUCUCCAAUAACACAAUUGCAAGACUGGGUAGCAAAUUGAGGACAUACUGGUAAUUGUGUGCAUUUUAUGUGUGGUCUCUCAGUCCUAUGACAGUAAUUUCUGUUUUGUUUCUUAUUCCACAUUGGCUAUACAGAUGUUUAAUUAUUAUUAAUGGGACACCAUAGACACCAGAAUAACUACAUCUUAUUGUAUUCUGAGUAGAAUCAUUCCCUUCAGUCUUUUUGAAGUAAACACGGUCUUUUCAGGAAAAAUGCAGUGUUUACAUUGAAGCCUAGUGAUAACUCCACUGGCCACUAUUCAGAUGGCUUCCUGGGGCACCCUCUGCGUGCAGACACUGAGCUUUCCUCAUAGAGAUGCAUUGAUUCAAUUAAUUAUUAUGAGGUAAAGCUGAUUGGCCAGGGCUAUGUUUGACUUGUGCUGGCACUGCCCUUGAUCUGCCUCCUUGAUUAUCUCAGCCAAUCCUAUGGGGAAGCAUUGUUAUUGGCUCAGACCCCCAUUUCUGAUGAUGUCUGCAGACAGAAGGUGGGUCAGGGGCAGAGGCAGCCGCUGCAGACUUGAAUACAAGUAAGAUUUUACUAUAUUUACAGGGCAAAGUGGGACCAGGAGGUGGGCUACAUGGUGGUUUUAACACCAUAGGGUGAGGAAUACAUGUUUGUGUUCCUUUAAGUAUAACCAUCCUCUUUUUCACAAGAGUUACUAAAAAUUUAAAUUUUCUCAAUAAAAAAAAAGCUAUAUUCUAUUUAAAUGUGUGUGUUAAUUCUUACCUUGUAUAUUGUAUUUUAUGACAAUAUGUUAAUCCCUAGAGGCAGGGUGGUUAACUAGGAUCCAGCACCUCGUACGUUUCUUUAUACCCAUGGGAAGUGCGGUCUAAUAUAUAUACUUUUGUACCCACAUUUUAAAUUCAAGUCGCUAGAAUGUGCAUAGUCUAAAACUAGAAGACAUUUCCACUGUCUGUUAUAUACUUGCAGUAGGGAAGCUUUCAGUGUUCCUACACCCCACCUUUUUCUUGGUUUUAUAUAAUAGUACUUCUGUAACUUGCCUUUAUGAAACAACCUGGAAGAUUUUGAGAAUGAUAGCUUCUCAAGUCUAACUUUUCUUUUUCCUGUAUCUUUUUUCUUUUUGAUACAAUAUUAUUGAUAAAGAAACACUCCAAGCACCAUAACCACUACAUCCCUCUGUAGUGGAUAUAGUAUACUGAUGCUGUUCUAAUGGUAAGUAGCCUGCAGGACCCAGGUAAGUUGUCCAACCAUACUAAACUGGUUUGAUAGGACAUGGACACUACCGCGGGCCGAAGUGGUCAUGGUGCUUUGAGUGUUCCUUUACACAUAUAAAUAUGUCGUCAUGUUUUUAUUUUGUUUAUUUUAGCACCAAAGCCAAAAAAGCAGACCAUGAGAAAUUAGACAAUUAACAAAAAUAAGAUUAUGUAUAGGUGCUAAAUAACUAAACAAACAAAUAGAAACAACAGUGGCCGCAGACAUGGAGCUAGGAUACUCCCUCAAAGGCCCCUAAAAGGAAAUGCGCAGCACAUAAAAUGGAAAACAGGUUGCACCUAAUGACAAACAAAAUGGCAUACUGCCUUACUGGAUCCUUCCUGUCAUCUAUUUUUUUUUUUUUUUAUAUAUGUUCUCACAGACACACCUUAAGCAACUUUAAGAAGCUUGAUCUUUUUCCCCAAAAAAGAAAGAAAAGUACACAUAGGACUGUACAUUAUUAUUUUUAUUGCACUGUCCUCUGGCCUAGACUGUAAACUAUUAUUUAUACUAUUGUAUUUUUGUCUGUUACCUCUGGUUAAUUAUAGCAAAUAUUUUGUCAUUUGGCGCAGCAUGUUUUCCAUUUUAUUUGUGAUAUUUUAGAAAAUGUGUGAUGAACUAUAUUUUCAUGUACAGUAGCAUUACACAAUAAAAGAAACCGAUGUGCCAUGGGAUUGACAGAUAACACAACUGUCAAGAUGAAACAUUUUAUUUUUCAAAUUUGGCUAUAAACUUGUAUGUUUAUUAAUUUUUAUUUUUUUAUUAUUAUUAUUAUUUGGGAAACCACUUUGCUAAACACUUUGUACAAAUAUGUUACAAAUAAUUUUUUUUUAAUUUCUAAAAAAAAAUAAAUCCACAGAACUAUAAAUGGAAAUGUUUACUUCUCUCCUCCUACUUCAGCUUCUGGGAAGAUCAAUUGAUCUAAACCGUUUGAUCACUCAGAGAAUUACAGCAGCCAUGUACAAGUCACUGGAACUGGCCAUUGGACGAUUUGAAAGUGAAGAUCUGACCUCUAUUGUUGUAAGUUUCAACAUGUGACAGUCUUUAACUGCACUCAAAGUUACAUCGUUCUCCACAAGGACAGUAUGUGACAAUUUUGCAAUAAGCAUCUACCCCAUAAACUAAUUGGCUUUCUUUAAAUUAGCAACUUUUUAUUUUGUAUGUCUGACGGCUGUACAAUUUACAGUAUAGGGAAAUUCUAUAGUUAAAAAAAUUCAACAUUCUGUUUGCUCGAACAUUAGCCUCCUUGGUGCUCUAGCUACAGUUUUUAAUUUAGCUUUCAUUUUCUGCAAGAUACAGAAACUAUGGUCUUAAAAAAGGCACUAAAUACUAUAUUAAAGGCCAAAUGCAAAGGGCUAAUGAUCACGUGCUUCUGACAUUAAAAUGUACUGUCGUAGCGAACCGUGGCUAAAACACAUCUUCUUGGAGCAAGAUAGUUUUAUAAAUUUCUCCGCAACAAUAAAGGAUAAAUUGGUCUGUGUUCCCGUAAAAGCAAAUAAAAUAUUACAGUGUUAAAGCAGCCAUGGGUAACAUUAUAGUCUAUUAAAAGCCGGUUUAUCCUGGUUAAACAUACUUGCAAUCAGAACUAUUAGGCAUUGAUGUUUGUCUGUAAUUGUACUUGGUCUUCUAAGGCAAAAAUGCUGAGUGCCCUUUUUACUCUUACAUGAUGUUUGAGGUUGGGUUACAGAGCAGUUGUUCUUCAGCUACAUUCGCUGAAAUGUAAUCCUGUUUGUUAGAAGGAUUUAACUGAGAAUAGUACAAACACAGAAUAUACACAGUCCAAAAAGAGGAAGUAUAAAAAUAGGGGGUUAUAGGAAAGUGAAACAGGAGAAAUACAACCUGGGAAUCAGGAUAUUAUUAUGAUGGUGUAGCAUCUAGAAAUAAAGAUGCUAAAUGUGGUGAAACACGUAUAAAUGAGACCGUAGCUCCAGGAGGUAGAGAACUUACAAGAUAUUAAAUGGUUUGCGCUUGUAUCCCAUCAGGUAUCUGCAGAUCCUCAAAGGACAAAAAAGUGCAGAUAGUGUGAUAUUGUAUUAAAAUGUAACUAAUUUAAUUCAAGGUUGCACUUACACAUAUAAAAGAACAGCAAGCUUGUCUCCACUAACAAGUGGACCAAAAAGGAAAUCCUCCGAUCCUUGGAGAUAGAAUAGUUUGCUGAGCAAAAAUACAAAAACACAGAAGACUAUUCAAUAUUUAUAUUUAACGGUUAAACACACCUCUAUGAAUUGUAUUGUAUUGGACCAGCGGUGGAGAAUUUGAUGCCUCCUCAAUGAAGACAAGGGAGAGGCAGAGAGGUGAGCAGCAUCAAGGGAGUCUCUCUGCUAUAAAAAGUUUUUUACAGGUUUUUACACAGGAAAAGGGGGUCAGUGAAUCUAACUAGGGACCAUCUUACUAUUAUGUUAAGAAUACACGUUUGUAUUCCUAAUGGUCUAGUGUUCCUUUGAGACAAUUGUCACUUUAGUGAAUAACUCUGAUAAGCUUUGAUGGCCAAUAAGAACCAAAGGGCCCAUCAAGUCUGCCCUUUUUAUAUGUAAAUGGCAAGGUUAAUUUGUUCUUUUGAUAACUUUAUGCAUUCCAGGUAUUCUUGAAUUCCUUUACAGUAUUUGUUUUGCUACCUCCUUUGGAAGUAUAUUCCAUGGAUCAUCUAUGCUUUUUGCAAAGUGCUUAUAUGCACUGUUAUCCUGAAGGUUGGAAUCUUGACCCCUUGCUCUGGUGUUGUUUCUUUGAAAAAUGUUUUUGGCCUUACCUUUUUUAGUUCUUUUAUAGAUCUAAACAUAGAAUUGAAAGUGGGACUCACUGCCCCAAUCGACAAAGGUCUUCUAAUAUUCAUCAAAGUUUGACCAGACCUUGGUGAAUUUUGGUAGGGUGCCUGUUUCUAGGAGCAAUUUCUUCAUACAAGCAUCAUUACUAUGUGCAUAUCAGGGUGACAGUGACAUUGAGAUAAUCAUUUUAAGUACAUGCUUUGAUACUCUGAGCUAGAUAGCUGAUUUAGGGACAUUUCUAUUUCUAAACAAGUUCUAGAUAUGGGUAGAUAACAAGACAACCUAGGAAGUUACUAACUACAGAUAGAGCUGUUUAGGGCAAGUGAAUGCAGCAGGGGAGCACACCUGAACCAGAUCUAAUAGUCCCAAACCUCACCAACAUAAGUACAGUUGUAGCAACUCUGUGUUUAUUCACAUCAGGUCAUGGAGCCUAUUUUCUUCCACAUUGGUGCUCUCUUCAUAUGUUGAGGGGGCUGGAGAUGUGUUUGCAGUUCCUUUCUGAGAUGAAUUGAUGGCUGUACUGGCUUCAGUUUCUCCAGGUGGAGGUCAGCAGUACUCAUGUGGAAGUCUGCUGUUUAAGCCCUGUAGCCGAUGGCGACGCCGUGUCUGAUGAAGGCAACGGUGCUUCACAGUACCCGCCAUCGUGGCUCAUGCAAUAUUUCUCCUUACGCGUCAUUCCAUGUGUCUUUUGCAUCUCGCAUGCCCUGGUUUUCUUGGAGGGAGACAACCAAGUUGAAGUUGUGGUUUUGUGAUACUAAAUUGGGCUUUUUUAUCUCCGUAAAAGUUGCUGCAGUUUAGUCCUCUGUGGGAGGUCAGGAAACACACCAUGUGUGUUUUUUUUAUUUUAUUUUUUAAAUCUUUAUUUUUUUGUGUGCAUGAGGUAACAUAAAGGUUUACGAUGCCACAAUAGCAGAGUAUGAGCAUUUUAUAACAUGGUGUUCACAUAUAUGGCAUUGACAUGUUGGCACAUUUUUAUAUUUUUACGAGGAUUUACGAUCUAGAUAAACAAUUACUGGUGAAGGUUGUCAGUUUGACAAGCAGUAAUAUCAGCUUGGAUAUCAUGGUUGAUUUUAUAAGGGUAGCGGUGAUGCAAGUUAGCAUCAUGUGAUUUCUGACAGAAUGGCUAAUCUGGCUGAUGUAAAGCAGUUAGCUGGUCUGGGACUGAUUAAUUCAGCUGUCUAUGCUUCAGAUGUUAAAGCAGCAACAAUCACAUAUCACUUUUAAGUUAGGUUUUGUAGUAGAGGGGCAGUGUGAGUAUGCUUAGCUAAUGCCCAUUUUCAGCGGGCUGUCAGCCCUGGAAGAGCUAGGUGCUUGCCAGAGGGGUAAUAACAUGCGUGAGGGUUGGGCAUGUGCGUAUAAUUGUAGGCUAGUUUACCGUUAGCCGCUUAUUGCGGUCAUAGGUAGGGUAGUCGGCACUGGUGUCUUAAUGUCGGCAACAAUGUAUGGGCCGCAUUUAAGUAAGGUCGGUGACUUGCGUCUUGCGCCUAUGUCUGGGGUGAGGCGUUUAGGGCAACGCAGGAGCCUGCUAGUGAGGUUGGUACUAAGUUUGGAAGCUAAGUUGCCCAUAUAGGCGUGUAUGGGUGGCUCUGGAGUACCAGCAUGUAAGUAGUGGUAGUUGCUAGAGUGGUAGCUACAUUUGGUUUGGGAUAGUUUAAUACGUUGGCAAUAUAUGCACGGGCUUGUAAUAAUUCGCCAGUUACACUGUUCGGCAAGGGGCGCAAUAUUGAGCAUUGUCUGGGGCUAACUCACGAUUCCUUAGGGGGGCCAGGUGUUGGCCGCUGGUCAGGAGGGUAACAGUCGUCCCGUGUGUUUGUGCUGCGGUCAGCUUACCAGGUCGUGGCCGGGGAUGGUGGGGGAGUAUGCGUCUGCACUCUGACCCCGGGGUAGGUGGUGUGAUGGGUGUGACAACGAGAAAAAGAGAGUGGUAACAGAACUAUCUAAUCAAUGUAACAUAACAUGUGCAGGUGAUCCUUUCGGAGAGCAGUGGGGCCUGCUUUUGUAAUGUCCAGCUGUAUCAGUUCUGCUGGUUCAGCUGUCCGGACUCUGGGUUGAGGUGGUGGGAGCCCCUCUCGGUGUGAACGGGGCGAUGUUAUUCACAUCCCACUGGUGUCGUUGCUGUCCGUCCCUCUCUCGAUUCUCGGAGGGGGUCAGACCCAUGGAGCGCAAGAAGUGCUGGCCCUCCGCAGGGGAGUGAAGCCUAUGGACUGUCCUGUCUUUGGUGAUCUGUAGGGAGUGCGUCGUGCUCCAGCGGUAGGGGAUGUUUUUAGCCCUCAGCACUCCUGUAAUUGGGCACAUUGAUGGUCUCCAGCGCAUUGUUGGCCUGGAGAGGUUGUUAUAAAAUUCCAGUGUGUGUUGUUCGAACUUCAGCGAGGGGGAGUUUCUGACCGCUGCCUUGUCCAGGUGCGUAACAAAUUGCACUAUGACAUCAGUGGUAGGCCGCUAUUCUGGCUGGUUCCGCGUGUGGAUCCUGUAGAUGUUGUCGAUGAGUAUGGCGUUUGCCUGCCUGUGGGGUAGUAUGUGCUUGAUCAGGCGUCGCAGCAAGUGCGGUAGCUCUGUGUGAUCCACUGCAUUACUGAUGCCUUUGAUUUUAAUAUUUUUCUGGCGGCUCCGGUCUUCCACCUCUGUGAGCCUCUGCACCAUGAUAGUCUGUGACUGCUUGAGUUGUUUGUGUUCUGCAGCGACUGUGGCCUGCUUGGCCUUGAGGUGCGAGGAAUCCUCCUCUAUUGUUUUGACUCUUCCCGCGAGCGUGAGCAGGCUUUCCUGGACUAUGGCCAGGUCAGCCUGGAACAUAGAGCGGAUGUCCCGCAGCAGCGUUUUUCUAUCUCCUUUUGUAGCUGGAGUGUUGUCGACUUCAUCUAAUGAUUCAUGGUGUAAGCCGCCAAGUGUAGGGAACUCAUCCAGGGUAUCCAUGUCCUCUGCUUGUUGCUCCGCCAUCUUGGGCAUCGCACGCGGCUGGCCUCCACGCAUGAAGUCGCCAAUAUCUCGGGAUCCCGAGCUCAAAUUACUUUUUUUUUAUUUUUCUUUGUCCGCUUCCCCAUCACGUUGGUUUAGUUGGUGGGAGUUUUUUUUGUCGGUUUUAUCACCGGUUAGCGGGGUUAUCUUCGCUUAGCAGUACAGAGCUACAGAGCGAGACGUCUGCUCAGUUUGCUGGUCGGCUCCGUCCCCCUCUUUUUUUCUUUUUAAUGUGUAAAGUGCUAUUUUACAUUCACUGGUGGUUCUUACAAUAUGUUUGACUUUUUUUUUUUUUUUUUUUUUUUUUUCUGUGUUGGCUUUAAUAUUAAAAAAAAAGAUGUCAAACUAUUCAUUCUUGCUUGUUUUUUGUUUGCAGGAGCUUGACGGACUUAUUGAAGUCAACCGAAUGACACACAAACUAUUGAGCAAAUACCUGACCUUAGACAGCUUUGACGCAAUGUUUCGAGAGGCUAAUCAUAAUGUGUCUGCUCCUUAUGGCAGAAUCACUCUCCAUGUCUUCUGGGAGCUCAACUAUGAUUUUCUUCCCAAUUACUGCUACAAUGGUUCCACCUACAGGUAGGAUGUGCCUUUCUUGUAACAUUCAGAGCAGCGGUUUCCAGCUAAAUCUUCAAGGCACUCUAGUAGUCUAUUUUGUCAGCAGAUUGAAGGAUGCCAUUCUUUAAAAUAAUAACUGUAAUAAAAUGUCACUAAUGUUUUGUGCUAUGCUUUCUACUUAUGCAUACCCCAGAGCAGGAAUAGGCAACCAGCAGCACUCUAGAUGUUGUGGACUACAUCUCCCCUAAUGUUCUUACAGCCAUUAUGAAGGCAAAGCAACAGGGGGGAUGUAGUCCACAACAUCUGGAGUGCCAAAGGAUGUCUACCACUGUCCCAGAGUCUUCCCCUUCAGUUGCCAUCUUUAUUUGCUUAUAUUCUCUUUUUUCCCCCCCAUUUAAUAUGCUUGUAAUAAAUAGGUAAUUAUAGCAGUUACACUGUUUAAUCACAAAAGGAAUCUACAUAUCAUGGUGACUUAAAAUCUAUUAUUCUUCUGCCAAAGUUAACCACAUGGGAAAAUUGUGUUUUCAUGGUAGUGAACAUAUAGCGUUCGUGCAUGGAAUUCUGUUUUAUUUUUAAAUUAUACAUUUAUUUCAAUGCUGCACUGUGCAGCAGAUCAUUCUCCCCUGUGAUAUAAGUUCAAGUAACUCUCUGCCAGCAAGUUACAUUUUACACCCUAUCCUAUGUGUUCUAUAGUGUGCUCAUUCCCAUAAAUGUCAGUGUAAGCAAAUUAAUGGCUCCAGAACUUUACUUGCUCUUUCUUCUCCAGGUUUGUACGGACUGUGCUGCCUUUCUCUCAGGAAUUUCAGCGAGACAAGCAGCCGAAUGCCCAGCCGCAGUAUUUAUUUGGCUCCAAGGUAUGUUGGUGUACUCUUUGUUUGCCAGCUUUGGUUUGUGCUAGCCUUCCCAAAAUCUGUUUUGUUUUUUUAAAUUUAGAUUGCAACUAUUUACAGACUUGCAUUGACACCAAAGGAGAUAUUCUAGUUGAUUUCUGAAUAUGGUGUCUAUUCUGCCUUACUGGGUACAUUUCUGUAUGGAUCACACUUCUUAGUCUCACGGUAGGCUUAACUUUACCGCUGAACUGUCACACUUGUGCAAGUCACACAUUCCCUCUCCUCUGCAAACCCUAUUGAAGUACUUACUAGAGUGAGUACAGCAGCAGGGGCUAGUAUAAAACAUCUUUCCCUUCACAGCACUUUUUGUACAUGGAGACAUCCAUACCCUCAUGAUGGUCCUGGCAAGGUCAUUCACACUAUGGUGUCUUCAAGAAAUAACAUAUAGGCAUAGCACGUGUGUGCUUGGAUGUUUCUUCUCACAGUGCCAUGUGUACACACUACAAUUUGGGUAUUCAUUUAUUUUGCCUGGUAUGCGAUUUAGAAUUUAAAUAUGCUCACUUAUAAAUUGUUGUUCCCGGGCCCUAUUAAAGCACCAAAAUACUGGAUAUCUGCACCAGGUGCUCUGUGUGUUGCGGUACCACAAAAAAUUUAACUUAUCAGGUUCAAGAAGUGGCCGUUUUUAUUUAUUUAUUUUUUAGUUGUACCCCAAUAUUUCCAUCCAUGAAAGAUGAUAUCUACCCCUAUGGACAGACAGAGAUAAAUCUAAAAAGUAAUUUUUUUUAUAUGACUUAUCGGUUUCAUUGUUUAGAUAUAUUUCUGGAAGUAUGCUUACACUGUACUUAUUUUAAAAAAUAAAAUAAAAAUUAAUUCUGGCGACAGAAGGCAGCAUAAAAUAGCUUCAACCUUUCUGGAAUAUAUUUUAGCAGGAGUUGAAACCUGGUGAUUUAAUUUUCCAUUCGCUAGCAAUUCAUCAUUUUAUACAAUAUAUGUCUAUGCUUCUAUGUGACUCUAUAAUCUCAUCAUAACUAUCUAAUCUGUAAAGAUCCACUACGAUAAUAAAAUAGAAUGCCCCACAAAUUUAGCCACAGAUGGGAUUUCUGGAGAUGUGGUAGAUAAACAUAACUGCCAACAGUCCAGGAUUCAGAAUAACAGGUCUGCUUUGGGCAUCUGACCCAGGUGUGUUUCCUGUUAUCUUUUAUUCAUAUCCCCACACCCUUUUCAGUUUUCAUUACUGCUCAAUGAAGUACUUAGAACAUGCAGUAUGGUUUACAUAAGGAACUUUGUACAGUUCUUGAUACAUUCUUUAAAGAUUGCUCAUUCUGAGAGGCCAAAACACAUUCUAUAACACGUGCACAGCUCAAUGAGUUUGUGUUUGUAAAAAUGUGUGUGCAGUACCUUAUGUUUGUUAAACAAAAAACGAUACAUGUCCACCUACUGCAUUACUGAGUAAAGAAGCCCCUGUUAUUUUGCUUGUGAAACCCGGCUUUAGUUCUUGAAGAACACAAGGUCCUCAAAUUCAUUGUCUCUAAUUAAUGGGCUACAACAAAGACACGUUUUAAAGAUAUGACUGUUUUUGCAGAUGACAAUGUUUUACAAUGUAUAUUCAAAGUGCAUUUUAGUUUGCCGUGUGCAUUACUGAAUUGUGCAACAGAUUAACAAACGAGAAAAGCUUGGAUGCAGGUUCUAAAAGUAGAGUCAAAAUUCACCUCUGUUAAAUAUGCCAUGGAUUCUCCAGACUUGCAUUAACAAGUAACUGAAAAGGCCUUGCUAAUAAUGUAGGGCUUGAAAUAUUAUGCUCUGAUUAAAUGAUGUUAUUCCUUUUUGAGACAUAGGAAGCAUAGCAAUCAAUAGGCAUUGAUGAGAUUGUUUAUUUGUGUUAUUUAUGUAGUUUGCUGGAUUCUGUAUUUAUAAUUUUUCAGUCUGGUAUUUAAAAAAACAAUUUUUAUUUUAUUUAGUUUUUUUUUUUUUUAUUACUGCUUUUGGAUUAUCAACUGUAUUUUUGAAAUAAACAAGUUAUUUAUUUUAUUUUUAAUUCAAGAAAACAUGAGCCCACCCAACACCCUCAAAUUAGUUCUUGAACACUGAAAUAACCCUCGAAAUGAGAAAUAAAUGAAGUGUACGAGAGUAAAAAAUUGAUCUUUGAGUUGUAUUGUCAUCCCUUCCAUUAAUCUAAUCGUCCCCUGAUGCAACAGCAUGAGAAAAAAAAGUGCAUGAUUUUUUUUUUUUGUACACCCCUCUACCUGCUGCACAUUCGUUGUGGACUGCACUUCAGUUUUGGUAUUCACUUGCUUUUGCUGGGGCUCCACCGCUCCUAGCAUCUACAAAAUGGCAGAUUUUUUUGUUACAGAGUUCGGCUCACAGCCACACAUAGAAAUAAACAAAAAUGCACAUAACGUUGUGCAAAAUUCUCAACUUUUGAUGCAGUUUAGGGCAAAAUUGCAGUAUUGCAAACUUUUUAGAGAGUGCAAAGUUUAUUGUUUAGCAUACACCAGUUUGCUUUCAAUGGAAUUUGCACAAUAUUUUUAAAAUGAAAGACCACUCCGUUUCUUUCUAAAUUGGCCAUAUAAGAAUCUUGAGUUCAUUAUUUCCAAAUUUUACACUUCAGAUACAGAUCGAUUUCCCCGUAAAUAACCUAUCAAGCCAUUUCAGUUUUAUUGACUACCAGAGUAAUUUUUUUCUUUUUCUUCCACCCUAUUUUUGUUCCUGAAAAUGUGUCAUUUUGUAAAACUGCCAUUCGCAAUUGAAUCAAACACAUAUUUUCUGCAAUUGUUAAAGUUCUUUAUUCAUUCAUUUAAAAUAAUACAAAUGUCAAAACACAUUGGCCUUAAAAUUAAUGUUUUCUAACUGAUUUAAUACUGUUAGAAAGACAUUCCAAAUGUCAGCAAAAAUUCCCUCUGAAUUUAAUGAUGACUUCUGUAGAUAAAUCCUUUGGAAAGUUUUUCUAACAUUAUUGAAUCAUUUGUGAAGCCUAUUAUAUUGAGACCUUUAUUUGUUUUUUAGCACAACACUAUGGGGAUAGACAUCUGAAGAAAAUGCAAUUUUCAACCAUAGGGUCUCUUCUCUAUAUCUGCUGGAGACAACGUAUGUUUUGUUGGUAUUCUUUACAACACGUCUGGUUGGUGAUUGUAUGAUAGACACACUGCCUCAAGUAAUUUUCAGUUCACGUUUCUUCCCCCCUCCCUCCCGCUCCCUUUUCUUCUGAUUUUUAAACGCCUAACUGUGCUCAAGUGAGUUAAUUUGUGAACAACAAUUUUCUCUUGUAAUAACCGUAGCCAUCAGACCUGCCAUAAUUUUACUUUGCAUUCUAAUAUUGUAAUGAUGACUAUAGGCCUGUCACUUAAAGAACACAAUUGUCUUUUUUUGUUGUUUCAAUUAACCAUCUGACAUUGAUCAGAUGUAAACUAUUAGCUUGGGGUUUGUGUUGGAAACAAUACAAUAAGCUUUGCAAAUUAACAAAAAAUAAAAUCCAACAAACCAAAAACAACUAUUGAUUCUACAAGCCAAGUGAUGCAUAAAGGAAGGUGCAAAAUUAAUUCACGUUAAUUUGAUUCUUUGGUUUGAACAUCAUUUGUGCUAUUUACACAGUUGGUUUCGUCUCUAGUUAAAGGAUAUUGUAUGAUGGGAUCCACCUGGCUUUCAUCUUCAGUACACUUGUCUUCCGCAAAGUUUUCUUCACAUGACUCUGGAGGUUCGAUCUUCUCAUAUUCCUCCAUUGGCGCUUCAUUUUUUGUCCAGGCUUCUCUCUUGUCUUGUUCAGUGCUUCCUGGAUUUUGUCUUCUGUUCUGCUCUUGACGUUUCCUCCACCAUAUGUGCAAACAGCCAUAAAGCAAAAUGCAGGCGAUGAUGAGGAGUAAUAUGCUGCUGGUCAGCCAAAUGCCUAAAGCCAAUUCUUUUUUCUUGCUGUUCACUGAUGAUGGAUCUUGGCCUGGUGUGUGGAAGAUCCUGCAUUGGUCGCUGGAAGGAAUGGCAGACUGGCAAGUCACACACAAGAUGUAGGAUGUGAGUGGUGUUAGGUUCUCGAUUGUGAAGUACGUCCGACUAGCUGGGAUCCUCUCUUCCUUCUGGAAGUUCUUCUUUGAAUACUCGGAUAGCAUUGUGUUCCAGUUAGAUUUGUACAUGAUGCUGUAGAAGCUAUCAGUGCAACCUGCAAUUGAUGGCCAUAUGACCACUGCAGUGUUGGCUGUAAUGUUCUGGACAGAGAUUGCCAUAUUUUCUUGUGGGAUUUAUUUUCCUCUAAUUUGGAGGAUUUGUCCAAAUUGGAAGGCUAAAUGUACUUGACCUUUUUGUCUGUCGUUAAAGUUGCACAAAAUCUGAAAUAGAAACACAUUAGUUAAUAGGACCCUUUCAUUAAAAUACAUCAUAUUUUCCUUUUUCUUAAACACAAUCUCCGUUUGAAUAAUUUGACUCAUUAAAAUGUAGAUAUUUGCCUCCUGCACAAGUUGGACAUCUAUGCCAGCAUCUAAUAGGAAAUCUUUACUGUUGUGUGUCUUAAAAUUAUUCAUGAGUGUCUGAUUAAUGUUAAGCUGGUGGUUUUAGCAGGCUCUAAUGUAAUUUAAUAAUGUAUGGGUCAUAGAUGACAUAUUGAUCAUUUGCAUAAUAUUUUAAAUAAAUAGGAAUACUUGUCCUUAGCAAGACCGGUAGGCUGGGGCCUUGUUUUUCUGGAAAAACACAUUUUCAUAGUAAUCUUUGAGAACUAGUUUGACAAGCACACUGAACAGCUUGACAAAGGCCUCUUAGCAGGUCGAAACGUUGCUGCUCCUUUUGGUCCAUUAAAACUGCCUGCGGCUUGAACACCUUGAGUGCCUGGAGAAUUUCUUGUGUUGCCCAAGCACACUGAACCUUGACAUCUUAAUAGUCUUAAAAAAAAACCUUAAAAAUAUGCUAGUUUUAUUGUGUUUGGUCUAACUUCAAAUUAAUUGGCACCUAGCUACAUGCUCACAGAGAGACUUCAACUUCCAGACCAUAACCGGCGCCAUGUUGACUAACUCAAUGGACGAACCUGUACUGUCCAUGGUGGUUUCUUGUCACUGUUUCUAUUGAUGCAUAGCCCAUGCCACAAAAAGCUGUGAAGUCUGAAAUAUGAUUUCUGUGACCUUCUGUUCUCAAAGUCCAGCUUGAGAUAUGCAGGUGAUGGACAACAGUAUGUUCUUCUAUCUGCAUCAAAUUAUGGAGAGGAUCUUUUUAUUUAUUGUUUUAGAAUUAUUAUUAUAGUAUUGUCUGUAUGUACAGGAUUUAAAUUUUUUUUUUUUUUUUUGGGGGGGGGGGACUGGAGAAAAGAGAUAUGGGAUAUAUCCCAAAUAAUUUGUGGUGAGACCUAACACUAUAAAACUCCUCAAUUUUAUGCAGAUAGAAAAAUUGCUGUGCAUCUCCUGCAUAUCUCAUGUUGAACUCUAGUCCCCCUUGGUCACAGAAGCUUGAGAAAUUGUGAACAACAAUAAAGCUAAAAUGGAGAAGCCAUGUGUGGAAAAACUAAAUACACCCUUACUGCUUCCAUAGGCAUUAAGAGGCUAAGUAGCAGACAGGUGAUGCUAAUCAAAUGCCCUUUAUUACCUGAUCAUCAGUAAGUGACCAUCUCUAAAAAAGGUUUUAGCAGUUUGCUGGUCUGGAGCAUUCAGGUGUGUAAAAUGAUCUUAUGGAAGCAAUUAUUGCUGCCCAUCAAACUGGGAAGGGUUAUAAGUUCAUUUCCAAACAAGUCCAUCAUUCUACAGUGAGAAAAACAAAAGUUGAAAACCUCAAGACCUUUGCCAUUCUUCACAGGAGAAGAAAUCACUCCAAGGUCAAUGCAAUGCUCAGAGAAAUUGGGGGGAAAAAAAACCAAGAGUUACAUCUCAGACUAUACAGACCUCCGUUAGCAUGUUACUUGUUAAAAUGUAUGACCGUACAAUUAGAAAAAUACAAUUGUAUGGUUUGUUUGGAAGGAUUACCAAGAGAAAGGCUCUUCUCUCUAAAAAGAACAUGGCAAUAUGGCUUAGGUUUGCAAAAUUGCAUCUGAACAAACCACAAAACUUCUGGAGCAAUUUCCUUUGGACCAAAGUGGAGAUGUUUUUCCAUAAUGCAAAGCACCACGUUUGGUGAAAACCAAGCAACUUGUACUAGCUGUCAAGCAUGGUGGUGGAAGGGUGAUGCCACAGGGUGAUGCUUGUUGUACCGCCACAGGACUUGGGAACAUUGCAGUCAUUGUGUCAACCAUAAACUCCUCUGUAAACCAAAGUGUCCUAGAGUCAAAUGUGAGGCCAUCUGUCCUAGAGCUCAAGCUUCACUGAAAUCGGAUCAUGCAACAGGACAGUGAUCCCAGGCACACUAGCAAAUCUAAACCAGAAUGGUUGAAAAAGAACAGAAUCAAGGUGUCCCAGUGAAAGUCCAGACCUCAACCAAAUUAAAAUGCUAUGGCUGGACCUUAAGAGAGCUGUGCAUAAAAAAAGAGCAAAAAUUCCUCCACAACAAUGUGAGAGACUGAUAAAAUUGUGCAAAAAAUGAUUACUUUAUUGCUGCUAAAGGUGGUUCUACAAGCUACUGAAUCAUAAGGUGUACUUAGUUUUCCCCACAAAAUGGCUUUUCCAUUUUGACUAUAUUUUUGUUAAAUCAUUACACAGUGUAAUAUGUCAUGUGUUGUUCAUCUGAGAUUGCAUUGACCUAAUUUUAAGACCUACUAAGGAACAGAUGAUUAUUGUGCCCUGAAAUGUAAUACCUUUUUUAUUGGACUAACGGAAUUUUGUAAUGACAAGCUUUCGGGAGAACCUCCCUUUCUCAAGUCUAAAGCAUUUCUGAGCAAACUUCUGUGUCGUCUUUGCUCAGAAAUGCUUUAGACUUGAGGAAGGGAGUUCUUCCAAAAGCUUGUUGCCCAAUGUUCCUUUUAAAACAAUUCAAUCGCCAGGUGCCAGACUGAGGCAAAAAAAUUAUAUACCAAUAGAAGGAGGUUUUCUGCACUCACGGCAUGAAGAUUCAUCAAGCUUUAUUCCAUUUUGAUUAGAAGUAUCCAAGACUCCUUAACAGCUUGCAAACAUUAACAAACAAAAAGAGUUGUCAUUUCAGUCCCUGUGUGGGACUUUGCUCAGGACAUGGUUACAUAUAUAAAUAAAUACAUUCAUAUAUAUUUUUAUGUACACAUAAAGAAUUAUUUCAGAACCCAUUAUACUAGUAUUACAUUUUGUUUUCCUUGGCAUAAGUUCAGUGAUUGGAAUGGCUCUCUGGGGCCGUUUGUAUUUAACCCUUGGAGUACCCAGACAUGUUUCAAUUCUAUACAUAGAAUGGCUUUUCAGUCAUAAAUGGUUAACUGUGCCCGACUUAAAUUUCAGCAUGACACAAAUGUGCUUCUCGUGUUUUAUAUUAAUACUAUAGCCUUGUAUUAGUUGCUGUUGUCAUCCUACGGCAGAACUCAAGCUAUGUGAAAGACAGCUGCAUAUUCCUGAUAUGUCGCUCAUCCGAGACUGUGACAAACUUCAUAGACUUGUGAAGGAACUAUUUGCAUAUUCAGUUAUUUGUUUUCUAGACACUUAUGCUUCAGAAUCAACCCGCAUAUUAUUAUUAUUAAUUAUUUUUUUUAUCAGCUUCCAUCUGUCCUUUCUUUGUAUUUAUCUGUUUGAAAAUGAAAAUUUAUAACAUAACACCAUCAUUAUACAAAGUAUGUUUGUUUUACUGGAUACACAAGAUAUCUUUUUGUUUCUGUUUUGAUGCAGUAAAUUAUCAAAAUUACUCAAAUGUGAAAUGAAGGCCAUUAGCUGGUCGCAAUGACUAGGCAUGUAGUGUUUAAUACAAGGCUGGCAGACUGUUGAAUCUCUCCUGUCCAAGGGAACAAUCUACCAGCAUACUUAAACUACAGCUAGAUUAUUUUAUUUUUACAUUUUUCCCCCUUCAAUUUUACUUUUUAUCACAUUUGGCCAGAAAAUGAGCAAAUUAAUAAUCCGGCAGUGCUCUGCAUUUAUAUCACAAUACAACAGACCUAUAAGGAGACACGAAAAGAGUGCUUACCUUCCUGCAAGUGACUUUUGCCCAAAGUGGAUUUGAUGGCCCACUAAUUAAAGGAUUUUGAUUUCGGUGUUUGCACCUGGAUCUCACUGUUUCUUACAUUCUUCAAGCUGGGAGCUCUCUCUGCUGUCAUUUGUUUCCGUUCUCCAGGGACGCUGGUGAAAUGGUUCCUUUGUCUUUGCUAUUUGAUUUCACUUGUAAGCGCAUACUCCCCAAGUGCUCUGUUGCCUUGGUUUUUAAAAGACAUAAAAAGAUGAUAUUUUUUUUACCCUCCCCCUACUAGCCCCCUGGAUCUCUCUCUCUCUUCUGUUGCGCCUUCUGUCCUCUCCUUGGGGGGGAAAGCAGUGAACUCCAGUGCUGUCUGUCUCUCUGAGAUCACUAACACAAUCCUCUCUAAGCAGCAAGCAUACGAGAGGAGCUUGCGUGACACUGUCACUGGGAUAUGGACUUUUUUUUUUUUUUUAUCCGGAGGGAUAGGAGAACUGGGUCUUUAUUUUUACAUAGUAUUGCAAUCUGCCUCUGAUUCCUGAGACAAAUGAGUCGAUCAGAUACAUGUGACACCCUUUUUGUGCUAUCCUGUGCUAUUUGUAAUUCGUUUAGUAAUUCACAUCACCAGAGACUGCUUUCUGUUGGUCUUAUCUACAGAUCACAGAUAUUUCUACGUACAGGUGUCAAUAAUUCUUUCAUGAUCUCUUCUAAUCGCUCUAAUUAUUUCAGCAUGUGUUAUGUCUUUGUGUAAAUAUAUGUAUGAUCCGUAUUCUUUCUUUACAAUAAUUUUUUUUAAUAUUGUUUUAUUCAUGCAGCGUAUCAAUAAUUUUUUCAGGAUCCUAUGAAGGUGGUUUGAUGUAUAAUAUUCAUGCUAUUACAAAUUACACAUUUUUUCAUCCCUUUUUGUUAUCAUGCCAUUAGCAAAGCAUUUUGUAGCAAGAACAAUUGCAUUUUAUCUAUAAGAGCAAUGGUAAGACUUAGCCGGCUGUUUCUUGGUAAUUUUCUAUCUGUUGAGGUUAUUCAAGAAUGUAAAAAUAUGGGCAAAUCAAAGUGUAUUUGAAAUUUUAGACCGAAAAUAGUUGAAUUGUAAACUUGGCUGACUUGGAGAAUUUUUCCGAUUUGACACUUUUGUCUGGAAAUUUUAAAAUAAAGGCAUUUUCUUUGAAGUGAAAUAUAACUAUAGCGUUAUUGUUGUAUGCACACAGUUCUGCCAAUAAGAAAUAAUUUUGAUCUCGGAUGCUGAAAUGACUCCCACAUCCCCAGCUAUUUUCUGCCUCCAUUAUCUGCUCUGAUUCCUAUUUACACUGUGCAGUUUAGACUGGACAUCCAUUAGCUGAGCUGCAUAUGUUGAUCGUCCGCUAACCUGAUUUCGAUUGUAUGUUUCAGACCGAUUACAAUAUGUGGCCAUUUCUAAUAGCGCCUCCCUCGCUCUUCCAGUCACGUGUAGUGUUCCUCAAGGCUCCAUACUCUGCCCCCUGCUAUUCACAUUAUUUAUAAAUGAUCUGCCUAACGUCUGCAAAUCCUCAACUGUACACAUGUAUGUCAUUUAUGCACCUGCAUCGCAAACCCACCAUAAUAAACGUGAUACGUUGUAUAACUCGGUCUGCCGCUUUGUACUAGAAUGUAAUUACUUUAGCUCAUUUAACAUGUCACAAUGGCAGGUAAACUGACUAUCACUGGAAUCCCAAUGCACUCUUCAUUUUUCCAGCCUUGUGCAUAAGAGCUUUACUAGGAUGCUCCCACCCUACCUGAGUAGAAUGCUCUCCCCAGCUGUUCCAACCUCCUAUAACAGGGAUAGGCAACCUUCUGCACUCCAGAUGUUGUGGACUGCAUCCCCCAUAAUGCUCUUACACCCAUAAUGCUGGCAAAGCAUCAUGGGAGGUGUAGUCCAAAACAUCUGGAGUGCCAAAGGUUGCCUAUGUCUGUCCUAUAACUUCCGAUUCAGUACUAGCACAAUAUUUAGCAUACCGCAAUACAAAAAUAAAGUGGCUCGAUCCUCAUUUUCCUACAGAGCACCACAAUCAUGAAAUAACCUCAGGGACACAGUCAAAUCGUCAUUCAAUCUAAAAUCUUUUAAGAGCUCUAAGGCAAGAUAGCUAAGCACAAAAUGCACCUGUCAUGGUUGAAUAUAUUUAUCACCUGUUAUAUGCUAAAUUUAUGUGUGUGUAUAUGUGUGUGUGUGUAUAUAUAUAUAUAAUAUAUAUAUUGUUUGUAUAUUGUAGUUUUUGUAAUUUUGUAUCCUAUUGUAUCAAUGCAAUGUUUUGUGGACCCAGGACAUACUUGAAAACGAGAGAAAUCUCAAUGAAUCUAUCCUGGUAAAAUAUUUUAUAAAAAAAAAUUUGUUGUGUGUAAUUCCAAAUUGGAAGACAUUUUGUGAAAAGUGGAAAGGCAUGGUUUAUGGAUGUAUUUGUUGUAGAAAGAUUAAUACUAUGUCCAAACCAUCAAAUAUAAGUUGUGCUGGUGCCCUGAGUGUCCCUCUAAAGUACAGACUCAUUGAAUUAUAAUUGUUGCUGACAGAGUGCAGCUCUCACUUUGAGCAUUGGAAGCAGCUCACCGGUUAGCGUUGGUCCACUAAUUGUGGCCCCAGCUGACAGAGGGGGGACCCAAGUAUCUAGUUAUCAAAUUAUAUUAUUCUAUCAUGGGUCCUUAAGGGAAGGAAUAAUUCCAUCAUGUGCCAUUAAGAACUAUUGAUCAGAAAAUAUAAUAUAUUUGAAUCUGUUUCUUUCACUGUGCUUAGUUCGCUACGAAAACCUAAUCACUAGAGCUCAUUGUAAUGGUUAUAUUGCUUAGUGUUGCAUGUUCUGUUGCUUAAAGUUGCUUUGAUUGUCUUUAACUGAACAAAAUAUUUCAGAAACUGCAAGAUUACAUCUCAAAAACCCUGUCAUUACUUUUUGGUCAAUAUAUGCUGUUCUGCGACAAAAUACAUAUUGUCCAAAGAAAAUUCUUCAAAAUCAAGCAUUGAACUGAAUAUUAUCUACUGCCUUACAUGGGAUAACACAGCUGUUUAUCGCCUGUAAAGCUCUGCGUCUUCCCUCUUUCACUCUUAUAACAAGCGCUGCUUGUUGUUAUGUGUGGCUUAUGUUGCUGAGAGUGUCAGAAUUUCACUUCAUAGUAACAAUACCAUUUCUUCUAACUCUGACUGCAUUAAAUGUGAAAACGUCCCUGUUUGAUGACAUUGACAUUGAUAAUGUGAAAGUGUUAAUGCCAUAAGAUCAAUGCAGCCAAAGAUGGGUGGGCACAAGGACGACAAACUCUAGUGCUUAUGUUGUAUGGAGUGUCCUUUUCAAGGGUCUUCAUCUCCAGCACAAUCUGUGAAUUUAAUUAUGUGAAAACCACAGACCACACAAAUUCACAUAUUUACUAAAAAGAAAAGGUACAUUGUCUAUCAUAAAGUGAGAAAGAGGACACUCAUAGGGCUUUACAGAAGAUUAAACAGCUGGCGUUAACCAAUGUAAGACUGAAUGACCCAGUACUCGGGUUGACGUUUGCCUUCGAAGAAUUUCUCCGAGCAAUAUACUGUACAUAUAAAUAUAAUAUAUUGACAUGAAAGGAAUGAUCAAUUUUAUAAGAUGUUAUCUGAAAUCAUGUGUCCUCUCUCCUGUUGGAAGUGGGACAGCUUUGAUUUUUAGAUGAUCAUUUUUCAAUUAAAUACAAUCAAAGUACAAUUUGCCAAAGCUCUUUUUCAGAACAGGGUCAUGCUUAAUCUGGCCAGCAUCUGCUGUGUUAGGAGUUCAUUAAAAGUAAAGAAAGCACAAGCACAUGUAACUGCUCACCCUUUAUGAUGUUACUUUUAUUGAAGCUGAGCCUUCUUUUCACCCGGUUUACUAAAUGUCCAUGAUUCUAACUAUAAGCUGCCAUCUGGUGGCUUGGGCUAUAGUUCUGUCCUGUGUUCCAUCAGCCAGCGAAUCAUGGAAAUGGGCAUAAACAACGUGACACAUUAAGACUGAGCAUUCCGUUUAUAUUUCAGUUUCUCUCACUGGCAAUUUUUGUUUCUUUAAAAGGAAAGAUCUCCUUGUAUUUAAUGUAAAAGCCAUUACUAUAGUGUCCCAAAAUGAGUGUGAUAAUUCCUAUGUGGGUCCUUAGCCCUGGGGGGCUUGCUUCUGAGUACAUCUGUGUGAAUCACAUAAAAAUGAAGUGUGAAUGAUUGAGAAAUGCUUGUACUAGACUAUUUUGGGCUUUUUGCACAUGUACAGAUCUGGUUGGUUGGCAGGGGUUGCAUUCGCUCUUUUUCUGGGUAUCCCCCAUGUUUUAGAACUGACUUAUGUCUGCUGGUUGCCCCUUUUGUACCUUCACGAUCUUGCCCCACUUUCAUGCCUUCUCAUGGUAGAAGGCAUGUUAUCUUAAACAUUCAUGUUCAAUAAAUUAUGUCUCUCACGUAAACGUGGAAUAGCGAACAGAAUAAAAACCCACCAAUAAAAUAUAUUACAUUUCAUAAAUCAAGACGAAAAAUUACUUGCCGCUGCAUGCCUAAACGGUCCAUGGCUCACUCACCAGGGGUGAAUUGGUAUUUGCCAGGGCUUACUUUUUACCUGCCAGUAAGUAAAUUUACACGUUAAAAAUCUAUGAAUUUGUUUUUAAGCCUGUUAGUCUUUAGUUCAAUUACCUGUGCAGUGAGGUGCAAAUUUGGCUUCUGUGGGCAACUGUUCAUGGCCACCUGGAAUUUAUGGCCUCAUUGUGAUAUUGUCCAUUGGUCCUUUUGGAGACUGCAUUCACAUCUGUCCUAUCCAUCAAGAUUAGAAGACAUAUGCCUUUUGUCAUAUUAGUAAUCUUUGAAUUUGCUGGACAUUUCGCUAAGCACAACUUGUAGUUUUUAAAUGUCUGUCUCGCAGCUUGUAAGUGACCUUGGGGUUUACUCACUAAGUGAACUGUGCUGAAAAUACAGAUUAUUUUCAGGUACAUAUUUUCCAUCUUGACUAUUUUGGUCUAAAUUAUGCAAUACAUAUUUAAUUAUGGUUUAGUAAAUAACCCAGUUGAAUCUGGCUUGUUUUGUGAAUGACUAAUCCAGUGGACACCUAAGUCACAGGAAAGUGCCACAAAAUGUAUUAAGCACUUUGUCAUUUAAAGGGACACUAUAGUCACCUGAACAACUUUAGCUUAUUGAAGCAGUUUUGGUGUAUAGAACAUGCCCCUGCAGCCUCACUGCUCAAUCCUCUGCCAUUUAGGAGUUAAAUCCCUUUGUUUAUGAACCCUAGUUAUACCUCCCUGCAUGUGACUUGCACAGCCUUCCAUAAACACUUCCUGUAAAGAGAGCCCUAUUUAGGCUUUCUUUAUUGCAAGUUUUGUUUAAUUAAGAUUUUCUUAUCCCCUGCUAUGUUAAUAGCUUGCUAGACCCUGCAAGAGCCUCCUGUAUGUGAUUAAAGUUCAAUUUAGAGAUUGAGAUACAAUUAUUUAACGUAAAUUACAUCUGUUUGAAAAUGAAACCAGUUUUUGUUUCAUGCAGGCUCUGUCAAUCAUAGCCAGGAGAGGUGUGGCUAGGGCUGCAUAAACAGAAACAAAGUGAUUUAACUCCUAAAUUACAGUGAAUUGAGCAGUGAAAUUACAGGGGAAUGAUCUAUACACUAAAACUGCUUUAUUUAGCUAAAGUAAUUUAGGUGACUAUAGUGUUCCUUUAAGUUACACUACCAGUCACUGGCCAUAUAUAUAUAUAUAUAUAUAUAUAUAUAUAUAUAUAUCUCCCUCUCCCUCUCUCUCUCCCUCUCUCUCUCCCUCUCCCUCUCUCCUCUCUCUCUCUCUCUCUCUCUCUCUCUCCCUCUCUCCCUCUCUCUCUCCCUCUCUCUCUCUCUCUCUCUCCCUCUCUCUCUCUCCCUCUCUCUCUCUCUCUCUCUCUCUCUCUCCCUCCCUCUCUCCCUCCUAUGUCACAUGAUCAAAUUUUAUUCUGUCAAUGAAGCGAAAACGCAUCUAAUGGCUGUCGGUAUCACAGCCAUAGAGGUGGACUUAAAUGUGCAAUGUUUACAUUGCAGUUUCUUUUAAAAACUUCAGUUUUACAUUGCAGGGGUAAAAGUACAGGGAUACUGCACCCAGACCACUUCAUUGAAAUGAAGUGGUAUGGGUGACUAUAGUGUCCCUUUAAUACGCUUAAAGGAACACUCUAACAAUCAAGAGCAACUCCCUUAUCAUUUUUAACCAAAAAUAUAUACCUGAUUUUGACCCUUCAUAUUGGUCCUCUCUUUCAAUUAACCCUUAAGGACACAUGACGUGUGACGUCAUGAUUCCCUUUUAUUCCAGAAGUUUGGUCCUUAAGGGGUUAAACAUAUUGAUAAUCUUAUUUUUAAAAAAUAACAAAUUCAUACCCUUUAAUCAAUUAAAAGAAAGUAAUAAUUUAGAUAAUGCAGAUGCCCCAAUUCACAAAAAAUUGAUUGAUUGGAUUAGUCUAAAAACUGAUGUUUCCAACCUGGAUCUGAAUAAGAGAUCAAUAUUAUUCUCGCCUACAGAAAAAUAAAACAUUUCGUAUUCAGGAAGGAAACAUACCAUAUCUAUUUUUUACCCGACUUUUGAAAACCACAACAAUGAGAAAUCAGACUUCUUGCUACAUUGGGAGCAGGAGUUAGGCCUGGCCUUUGAUCUGGAUGAUUGGAAUGGUUUUAUUUUAUCGUUGAAGAGUACUACACAGUGCGUCUCUCAUUAUGAGUUCCAUUGUAAAUUAUUAUUCAGAUGGUACCUAACUCCCUCAAAAUUACACAAAUUCAAAUGAUUAAAUUCAAAAAAAUGUUGGAGGCAUUGUGGACAAGUGGGGUUCUUGGGCCAUAUUUUUGGGACGUGCCCUUUAAUAAAACAAUAUUGGAAUUCGAUUUAUAAAAUAAUUAAUACAAUUACAGAUUCAAUUAUAAUCCUAACCCCUGAAAUUUGUUUAUUUAAAAAAAACCUCCCCCAAAUUUACCCAAAAACAAAUCAAUAAUAUUAAAGCAUUUAUUAAUUGCAGCCAACUCUUUAAUACCCAAAUAUUGGAAAUCUACAAAUAUCCCAUCCAUUAAAGAAGUCUUAAAUUUGGUAAUUGAAAGUAAAAGCUGUGAAUUGUUUUUUAGACAAAAAAAACUAUCUAAAAUAAAUAUAUAUUAAUUUGCAUCAUGAGGGGGCAAUGUGGGAAGAGGACAAAAAAGUACAGUCUAGGGUGAUGCCCACCAGUUGGCCAACAUGAAUUUUUUAAAAAAAUUUAUUUUUAUUAUUUUGCAUUUUUAUAUAUAUAUAUCUAUUAUCUUCUGUAGAUAUACUUAUAUCAUAUCAGUUUUUAUAUUUUAUGUAAAAAUGUGUGUGUAUGUAUAUGUGUAAAUAUAUGUGUGUGUAUAUAUAUAUAUAUAUAUAUAUAUAUAUAUAUAUAUUUAUUUUAUUUUUUUAUUAUUUUAUUUAUUAUCUUUUCUCUUAAGUAUUAUGGAUUUCUCUUAUAUAUUAUUUCCCCCAUAUUGUAAUUUAUCUAAAAAAAAAUUUUUCAUCAUUUCUGUAACUUAUGUCUUUUAAAACUCAAUAAAAAUUAUUUGAAAGGAACACUUUAACGUAAAAAAAUACAUAUGUUUUGUUUUAAUGUGAACAUUUUCCUUACUGUAGUUAAAUUACUGGGAUCCUUCCUUGUCAUACAAAUAAAAAAAAGCUAUAAAACAUUCUGUAUUCCAUUGCUGGGAUAGUCUUCUCUCGGUAGUUGUUACACCUCUAGUGAAGUUAUCAGCUCUGACUUUUGCCCAAUCCCAUUACUUCUCGUAAAAAAGCAAUGGGGACAAAUGGUGCAUAUGCGUAAUCAUCGCACUCCGCCAGUCCCAUGUCAUUGGGUCUCUUCAGUAGGGAAGAGCCUCUAGUCUAGUGGCUAUUAGUCACAGCCACUUGAGGUCUAGUUUCUGAUAAACUGCAGUGUUUUACAUCAAUUAAAAGGGAUGAUUUUUAUGCAUCAGAAUAAUAAAGGUUUCUAAUGGAUCCCACCACCUUUGUUUCUCCUUUGAGUUUAGUCUUCAGAAAAUGCAUCUGCAACAGGAUAUGUAUAAUUUAAUAAUGCUAAUCCCACUAUGAGAUGUAAGUGAGUGUGCCUUUUGUGUUUCACUUGUGACUUAUUACAUAUGUUGGGAUGUCUAAAUUGAUUUAUGUGCCUAUGUAAAAUAAUUAUUUUCUUGAUUCAGCCACAAAAGUAAUGAUUUCUUUUUAUACACUUAUACACAAUGGGUUAGUUGGGGAAAAAAGAAAGUUGAAGAUGUAAACCAAAGACUUUAUAUAUCACUGACGACAUUCUGAUAUACAACUCUCCCACCUUUAGUUCACUUUUCUAUUUUUAUGAUGCUUUAGCUUCUUUUAGUCAAAUGUGAAUCAUUUUGUAGAAACACACAACCAUUGGGGGAUUUUUCUACAUACAUCACUAACAGAAAAUUGGUGCAAGUUUUAAUAGUGGGGCAAUAACUAUGGUAACCAGUUGGAACAGUUCAUUGGUUUCCAUGGUAAUUGCUUCAGUUUAUUUAGAACAUUCCACAACUUCCCUGUGAGCAACUCUUUUAUAAAUGUUAUGUCUUAAUUUUGCUGAUUUAGAGCAACAUUAUACACAUUCCCUUGAACUCACUAGACCUAUUGCGUGUUUCUCUGCAGAUCUUGAAUCUGGCAUACAACAGUAUAUAUAGCUACUACAGGAACUUUGUGGGUCCUCCACACUUCAAAGUAAUCUGCCGCCUUCUGGGGUACCAAGGCAUUGCAGUAGUGAUGGAAGAAUUGCUGAAAGUUGUGAAGAGCCUGGUGAGUGGAAUCUGUGCAUGAUUUUGUAAUUGUGUCUUCUAAAUAAUAGUUUAGGUAUAAAGAUAAAUCUGUGGAAGAGCAUUUUUGUAAAUUCUAUAGGGGACCACCCAUUCUACUUUGUAUAGUUUACUAUAAGUGGAACGUGUACAAGAUAAUGCUUUAUUAAAGAAACACUAUAUUGCUGGAAUGCAGCUUUAGGUCCAUGUUCCCCCUCUCUCUGGACAAUAAAGGCGAUUUUACUCCCUUUUACUCCUACACUGCGCUGGUCUCACCUAGUAGGCUCCGUCUUAGUGGCUGAGAUCAGCAGUUUUGAUGAUCUCAUCCAAUCCAUUGCUUUCGCUUAGGAAAGCAUUGGUAGGCUGUUGUGCAUACGCAGCAAUAGUCGGCAUUUCCUCGUAGAGAUAUUUUGAAUCAAUGUAUGUCUAUGGGGAAUAUUGAGCGCCUCCAUGCAGAGCACAUUGUUUGGCACUGACCCGAGAAGCACCUCUAAUGGCUUUCUGAGUUACUGCCACUAGAGGCAUAACUUGCCAGCAAUGUAAACACUACAGUGAUAAGACUGCAGGGACAUGCUAUAGACACCAAAACCUCUACGUUAAGCUGUAGUGAUUCUGAUGACUAUAGUGUCCCUUUAAAUAAGCCACAAUCCUAAAAAUCCUAAAAACUAUUUUAAUGGGAUGGGGGGAAUCACUUUAGUAAAUGUUUAUCUGUAUAGAGGAAACUUACAUUAUGAUCUAUUUUUAAUGUGAAGUUCUAAGAAGUUUAUUCAUGAAAGAGUAAGCUGUUGUAAUUAGAAAUGUAUAUUCAGAGUCCAUUUUCAAUUCACUGUUUUGUGAGCACAUACCUCUCUGUUUAAAGAGACACUAUAGGCACCAAAUUAGCUUUUAGCAUAAUACAGUGGGUUUGGUGUAUAGAUCAUGUCCCUCCCUGCAGUUUCACAUCUCCAUUUUCUGCCAUCUAUGAGUUAAAAUCACCUUUUAUACAGCUCUAGUCACACCUCUCCGCAUGUGACUCACACCGCCUUCCUAAACACUUCCUGUAAAGAGACGUCUAAUAUUUAAACAUAUUUUAUUGCACAUUCUAGUUGAUUUAGACUUUCUUCUCUAUUGGUCUGUUAGUAACCUGCUUGGUCCUGCAGGAACCUCCUGUGUGUGAUUAAAGUUUAAUUAACAGAGCAGGAUAUAAAACCUUGUAAAGUAAAUAGUGUGCUGUCACAUCUGCAAGAGAAGGAAUGUCUAGGCUUAAUUAAGAGAAACAAAAGUUAUUUAACUGCAGUGAGACUGCAGGAACAUGAUCGAUUCACUAAAACUGCUUUAUUUAGCAAAAGCAGAUUUGAUGCUUGGUGUAUCACUUUAAAUGUGCUUCCGUAAAAGCAAUUGUUUAUUUUCCCUUUCUUAUUCUGCUGACCGUCACAGAUAGGCACAUGGUGUAAUAGUAGCAAGCAGUUUUCUAGAAAAACCCUAGCUGUGUCCUUUCCUCAUAUUUUUGGCAGGCAUGUGUUGGCUAGACCGAUAGUAGGGAUCUGUAAUGGGUAAAUGGAUUUGUAUUGGAUGUAGCAAAAAUGUUGAUCUUGAUGGGAAGAAGAGUUUCUUCUAUAGAUAAUUGUUUUUGUUUUCUGUUUGUUUUUUAUUUUUUAUUUUAUUUUUUUAUAAAACCUGCCAUCUGAUCUGCUAACCAAAAUAAAGUAUGUAUGUAUUUAAAUGUAUUUUCCUCUCUUUAAUCAUUGAUUUGUUACCACUGGCCUCUCUAGCUUCAAGGCACAAUUCUUCAGUAUGUGAAAACAUUGAUGGAAGUCAUGCCUAAGAUCUGCAGAUUGCCCAGACAUGAAUAUGGCUCCCCAGGUUUGUUCAUUUUGUAUAAAUAAAGCUUUUUUUAGAGCAAAAGUCACAAUACACCCAUUUUUAUUGAUAGUCAAGGGUAUUUAAUGAAAAGAACACAAUUUUACCAUUUAGAGAAAUUUUCACCUGCAUUCAACUGUUUCCCUUACACCUAAAAAGGAUUGUAAGUCCUGUUCUAGGUAAAAUCAGAAUGAAUUCUUAUCUUUUUUUGUGCUGGGAAGGUGGUGAGAGCCACUAAGCAACCUUGCACAAAGAGGGUUAAAUAGAUGAAAAAUGAGCAAGCCCUCACAUUGGACAAAUUGAGGUGUUCAAUGUAUCCUUUCAUUGCGUCUCAAUUUCCUGGGUGAUCAGUCCGUAGUUUUUAUUUUUAUAGAUGGGUUAAAAAAAAUACAUUUACAAAGAUUACUUUACUUUCAUAAGCUGUAUUUUUUUUUUCUUCCCUCGCUGUACCAUUUACACAAUUACCAAAGGUCUAGGUAACUUUUUCUUUUUGCUUUGAUGACGACAUGUCAAAGAGCUCCAGUGUUAAAAACGGGUAUUGUCAGUCAGGAUAGCUGAAAGGAGAGCCAUCUUUGGCAAAUUCAGAAUAAUCCGUAUGCCAGUUAAUUCCUUAGUUUGCAGGGUCUGCUCGACCUCACAAAAUACAGUUUCAUUUUCAAAUCGAAGACGUCUUGAGACUGUAGUUUUAUGUUUGAGUACUCUAUCCCCAGUACUUAUCACUCCUUGUACAAAGAGAGGAGAGGACGUGUCAAAUGAAUAAUCAUGUUCAGCUCAACAUCAGCUCAAGAAGUGAUUGUUAUAUUCGGAUGAUCCCCCAUGUCCCCCUCCAAUGAGCAGCCUGUCAGUUUAUCGAGUUUCUGAAAAUAGCACGUAUUAACCUUCAAAUCUGGGUGAUUUUCAGCAUUGUAUUGAACUGAACAAAAUGUCAAUGACACAGCUUACUGAGAAGAAGAGUGGGCGAUAAUGUGUGCACCUUCUUUUAGAAUAUGAAAUGUGUAUUUAACUGUAAAUGCAUGAGUUAAGGUUCCAGGAGCUAAUGAUGUAGCUGGAGUUUAUUGUGGAGUUUGGCUGCAUAGAGACUGUUAGGCUUGGUGUUGGACUGGUACUGCCAAAUUACUUCUAAGGGCAAUAUAAUAAUCUUCUCUCCUUUUCUCAUACUCCUCUAUGACAAGGUUUAAAUCAGAUCACAUUAAAUCAUGACCGUUUUUUGCAUUUUCUCUAUUGAAAAAAGAUAUUCAGUACUGAGUCAAAUUUACUUUAACAAAAUCCAUAUUAAAAAAAUAAAAAUGAAAUUUCAGACUGGAUGCAUAUUCCAGUCUGUGUUGGUUAAACUAGAUUAGCCGUUAAGUGCUUGGAACGCAGCUAGUAUGCGAUCAGUAUUGAUAUGCAAAAAUAAAUUGAGUUUUAGUAUAACUCUGAUGAGAGAAGUGGAAAUGGAUACAUCUUUAACAAACAAGCAGUUAGGACCAAUUUCUGCUGGUUGUAUUCUUCUAAGCAUUCUGCCAUCACAAUUGCAAUGGGGGAAAGUCUGUGGUACAGACACAAGACCUACCUAACUGACACACAUGUUUAGCUUUCAUAAUAUGAGUGCCUAGGAGCAAUCGUGUACUCCAUAAAUGAUGUCACAUGCUUUUAUGUGAUAUUCAUAUUGGUAUUCCGAAAGUGAAAUUCUGCGUGAACAAUCUUGUGAGGUGGGGGCUAGACUGCUGUUUUAGUUAAUCGUUCAAAAAUGGUUUGAUCCAGAACCUGCAGUGAGCAGUACCUUAAACUUCACAGCAGUAUCUAGUAAGUAUGAUGUUUAUACUGACCCUUUAAUUGUCUUGAUUAGGGAAUCAAUACAUUAUUAUAGGAUCACUUUGGACACCAAUACAACUUUAAUGAAUUACAUUUUUGUUUCUAGGCAGUAUACUAAGGCCAUGUAGACUGAAACAUUUCAUAUCUUUCUGUAUCCUGUGCGUACCAAAAAACUUUACUAUACUGCACCUGUACUGUGCAGCCCAUGGAUUUUACAGUGAUAAAAUAUGGAUCCCUUUUCACAGUGCUGUAACCUGGGUGGUGGUGGUUUAGAAUCGGUGUUCUUUAACCAACCUACCACAUCUACUUGGCUAGGGAGGCAGGUUUAUGGUGCAGCACUAUGCAAAAAAAAAAAUGUUUUUAUUUUUUGGUGCAAAAACUAUAAAGAUAAAUGAAAAUAAAACCAGAAUCAAAUGCAUUAAAGUUUUAUUGGUUUUAAGCCAGGUAGGGGUUAGAUUUGUUUUUAAUUUUUUUUAUUUAACUUGCAAUCCAUGCAGGCAGCACUGCAAUGAAACAGUUCAUUAUAUCUGUUGCCAGCAUGCUGUGUGCUGAUGACAGAUCUAACUUUUGAGCUGCCUAAAUCACGUGCCAGGUGUGUAACUAACCCACGGCACAAAAGUGCUAAUUAUUUUGCUUGUGCAGCUCCACAUACAGACUCUGAACACUUCUAACAGCAGAAGUGGUUAUGGUGGUUUGAAUAACUAAUUCACUUACUGGUGUGUGUGUCACUAUAUAAAUAUAUAUCUCUUCUAAAAAAAAAUACUGCAUCAUUAUUUUCCAUUUUGACAUUUUUAUUUUUUUUGCAAUUACAGAGCAGCAAUACACCACUAAAAUGUGUCAUCUGCCAUGUGAGCUCUUCAGAGAGGAUUUGUGAGGAGAUGGGGCUGAGGUCCUAAUCCUUUCUACUAAUCCUGUAAAUGUUACUGUAUAUGUUUUGUAUACUAGAGAAUUGAAUGGGGACUGUUAGACAGACUUCAGCAGCUCUCAUGUCCUGCAAUUCUUGGCAAGCUACAAUGAUUCAUGGGAGUUGUCCUCCAGCACUGCUAAUUGAUCAGUUACAUUUGAAUAAUCUUAAAUUUAAGGUUGCCCCCCACUCCAUUGUCUAGAACACCAACAACAUCAGAAAUGUAUAUAGCACAGCACUUUUUAUGGGUAGAGUACACCUAUACUUCUGAGUCAGAAUUGUCAAUGCAUAUCAGUUUAUUAGAUUUCCUUGCCACUGGAGGUUAGAAAUGAGUGUUCUUAAAAAAAAUCCACAGUGUUGCAAACUGUCAGAAAUGACUCAAUGUCUUAUAUAUGUGUGUUCUUCUUAGGCUCAGUUUAAAUCAUUCCCUUCCAAUUACCUGCUUUAUUUUAUUUGAACACUAGGUAUAUUGGAAUUCUUCCACCACCAGCUCAAGGACAUUGUGGAGUAUGCCGAGUUGAAGACUGUGUGUUUUCAGAAUCUAAGAGAAGUAGGAAAUGCUCUCCUCUUCUGCCUCCUUAUCGAGCAGAGCCUGGUAGGUACAAGCCAUGUGUUUGCAUUACUGUUUGCCAUUCCAGCAAAGGGGCAGGAAUGAUAUAGUGCCCAGGAUGGCCCGAUAUGUAAAUUGACUACAACAAUACUGAGCAUUCAAACCAUAUUUGCUCAACUACUCUGGACUUAAAGCAGGAUACUCAGAGCACCAAUACGGCUAAAACAAAAAUAACAAAAAGGGACACUAGAGUCACCAAAAGAACUUUAGCUUUAUGACACAGUUUUGGUGUAUAGAUCAUGCCUCGGAAGUUUCACUGCUUAGUGCUGAAGGACCUAUGCAAAACACAUUUGUGAGACUAAGCAUAUUUUCUAAUUAGCUGUUGUUCUUUUGAGACUUUAAACCUUCUAAUUUGUAGCUCACUAGAGCAAUUAACAAAGCAACUCCCAAUAUAUUUCCAUAGAGACACCUGUAGGCAAGUGAUUGGGCAAAUAAAAUAAUGGAAACAAUACUAUUUACGUGUUUUAAGGGGCAUAACAUAGAUGUGCUGUUAGACCAUAUGGGUGUAGUCCUGUAAUGUGAUUGGAAGUGUCCUUCCAGUGCAUUGCUGUCCACUUUAUUCAGCUCUCACUGAGUCACAAGCAUCUAAGAGCAGUCAUGCUGUGGGAACUACAAAAGAUGUCAUUUAUGAUUCACUGACCGAGGGUCCAGCAAAAUGAAUAGCUAAUCAUGGGCUUUUCAAAUCCCAGAGUAACAUAGCAACAGAAUUAGCCAAGUAAUUGGAGGUCUGCAUGUUCAAUUCAUUUAGCUAAGCUAUUAGCCCACUAAUUGCUUGAAAUGGUUAGUUCAAGUCUAUCUUAAGCUGCUGUGUGCAGUGCAGCAUAAAAUCAAAGCCGAGCUUUCAUAUAGAAGUCUAUGAAUCUGGGCCUUUGUGUAACAAGGUAUAAUAUGUGUGAAAAACAAUUGCAGAUUUUUACAGCAGUACAUACUCACCUUUUAUAUAGUUUUAAGUGGCAAAGCUGAUCAUUUUUGUAUUCCUUUUUUUUUUUCUUCUUCUUCUUCUUUUAGUCAUUAGAAGAGGUCUGUGAUUUGCUCCAUGCGGCUCCAUUCCAGAAUAUUCUACCAAGGGUACACAUUAAGGGUAGGUUUGUUAGUGAUGGAACACACCUCCUCUAUAACUACACAUGUGUAAUAUAGUUCCAGUGUUAGAUAAAGGAAGCCAUAAUUUUUCCAAUAUUUUUAUUAUGAUUUUUACAUAGCCCUUAUAUUUAGCAAACGUGAUUUUUGAGGACAGAAAAUAACAUUUAAAUGUAGAAAUCUACAGAACUGUAUUUUUCUAUAGCCUGGAACUGGGUGCCUCCAUCUUGGCUAUUCCUGAUAUUCCUUGCUAUAAGCUCCGCCAUUUUCUGUGUUUCAACAUGGUUACUGGAGGAGGAGAAUUAGAAACAAUCAGUGAGAAUUCUUGGUGAAGUUUUAUUUAUUUUCAGAGCAGUAAAAAUUCCCUUUUUGUGGCCAUUUUAAAUUAAAAGCACACAUUAAACUUGUCAAUUAGCGCUGUUUUUUCCAGUUCUCAUUUUCAAAAGAAAAAUAGUAUUCUUAAUUUUCUUUCACUAAAAGCUUCAUUGUAAUAUUGACUGUAAAUUACAAUGUUAUUUCUGUAACAUGUUCCCGAUGCUCUUGGUGCAUACUGACUACCUACUCUUCUGUUAUUUGUGGUGUUUCUACAUUUUCAGUUUUGGCUAUAUGUUUGCCAACUGCAAUAUUUGUUAAAUUGCAUCUAUUAAUGCAAUUAAUCUAUUAAUUAAUAAAACUGUUAUCAGAUUUGAUGAGUAAGAUGCUACAAUGUGUAAUAUGUUUAAAGGUAGGAAAGGAUUAAGGUUCCAGAAGACCACAUAUGUACAAUUCAAUCCUGCAGGUCCAUUCUGAUUUUCACACUGGAUCAUGCUAUCUCUAUAUAUUAGAGCAGGGAUAGGCAACCUUUGACACUCCAGAUGUUGUGAACUACCUCUCACAUAAUGCUCUUACAGACGUAAUGCUGGCAAAGAAUCAAAGGAGAUGUUGUUCAUGGGAUCUAGAGUGCUGAACGAUGCCUACCCCCUGAGCGUGACACAGUUUGUUAUAUUUAUGGAUUUAGUCCUAUUUUUGGAAUAUUCCACUUUUAAUACUUAUUGCCAUAAAUGUCACACAUUGCAUAUUUUUUUGUAAACUUUCAGAAGGUGAACGUCUUGAUGCGAAGAUGAAGAGACUGGAAUCCAAAUAUGCUCCCCUUCACUUGGUUCCUCUGAUAGAGAGACUGGGAACACCCCAGGUAUGAACGCACAUUGCCGGUGUGUUUUUAGGACAGUAACAGUUGGCCAGGAGUAUAGUUCUUUAAUUGUUUUAUUGUGCUCCGUAGCAGGUAUUUGUGCACAAUUUACACAUAGAUGACCUAGAGUAAGGGUAAAUUUCCUGACCCUAUAGUGUUCCUUUAAGUAAAGAUAAAGGAAGAAAAAUCCAUGUUUUUGUUUUGUUUUUAUCCAACCAUUAGCAAUAUUCAAUAAUGGAUAACAUGAAGUUCAUUAGUUUAACCCCUUAAGGACACAUGACAUGUGUAACAUGUCAUGAUUCCCUUUUAUUCCAGAAGUUUGGUCCUUAAGGGGUUAAAGUGACAGUAUAGUCACCAGAACAACUACAGCUUAUUGAAUUUGUUCUGGUGAGUAGAAUCAUUACCUUCAGGCUUUUUGCUGUAAACACUGUCUUUUCCGAGAAAAUGCAGUGUUUACAUUACAGCCUAGUGAUAAUGUCAGUGGCCACUCCUCAGAUAGCUGUUAGAGAUCCUUCCUGGGUCAUGGCUGCCUAAAAUGCACCCAAACAUUCUCCACCCUCUGCAUGCAGGCACUGAAUUUUCCUCAGAGAUUCAUUGAUUCAAUUCAUCUCUAUGAGGAGAUGCUGAUUGGCCAGGGCUGUGUUUGAAUUGUGCUGGCUCUGCCCCUGAUCUGCCCCUUUAUCAGUCUCAGCCAAUCCUAUGGGGAAGCAUUGUGAUUGGAUCAGGACACCACUUCUGAUGAUGUCAGCAGGCAGUGGGCAGGUCAAAAGGAAACAGGGACAAAGUAAGCAAUUUUAGACUUGAAUACAAGUAAGAUUUUAAUAUAUUUAGAGAGGCAUGAGGGGACCAGGGUGGCUAGAUGGUGGUUUUAGAAAUACAUGUUUGUGUUCCUGACCCUAUAGUGCUCCUUUAAAUUCAAAUAAACAUUAUGGAAUGACUUUUUUCUUUUUCUUUUUUCUUCUUACUCUUAGCAAAUUGCUAUUGCACGGGAAGGGGAUUUACUGACCAAGGAGCGUCUUUGUUGUGGCCUAUCAAUGUUUGAAGUCAUUCUGACUCGGGUUCGGAGCUUUUUGGAUGAUCCUAUCUGGCGUGGGCCUCUUCCUAGUAAUGGUGUGAUGCACGUGGAUGAAUGUGUGGAGUUUCAUCGACUCUGGAGCGCUAUGCAAUUUGUCUACUGCAUCCCUGUGGGGACCCACGAGUUCACAGUGGAGUAAGUAUGGUAACCUAGGCACUUGUGACAUUCCGUGUAAGAGCACAUGACUGAGCUUUGUUUGACAGUCUUUAUAUUGGCAAAAUAAGGAAUGACUUUUAAUGACUGUCAUUGUGCCAAAACAAUAAAGCAUUCUUUUCAGUGGUAGUUCAAGUACUAGUACAAAAGGCAUUCUUUGUAAUGGCGAUCCUUUUAGUAAUAAGUGGUAAUUUUUAAUGGCAGUCCCUGUAAUAGUACAUACAUUGAUACCAGAUGGGACUAUGGACGAAGCAUCUGGAAUAUUGACAUUUUCAAUCCAAAUGAAGCUUGGUUGUGGACAACUGUUUGCUGGGUUCUAAUGCCCUUUUUAAUUCUGUUCCUAUAGGCAGUGUUUUGGAGAUGGUCUGCACUGGGCAGGUUGCAUGAUUAUUGUGCUUUUGGGUCAACACCGGCGGUUCGAUGUGUUGGAUUUUUGCUACCAUCUCCUGAAAGUGCAAAAACAUGACGGCAAGGAUGAAGUCAUCAAGAAUGUGGUAUGUACACCACCAUAACUGUGCUAUUGAAAAUUGAGACACUAGAGCACUAGAGAACAGGGCUUGGUUGCUGUCAGUGCAUUGAACGCUCAAUUAUUAUACAUGCAUAGUCACAAUACUUUUAAUUUAAUAUCUGCAACAUACUAUUUACCUGCAAAUUAGUUUGUGCCUGUAAACUAUUAUCAGGACUUGAUAUUUCUACACUCCUAGCCAGGCCUUAACGGUAACUUGCUUACCACUGCAAGCUUGAUGGGUCCAUGUCACUAUCACACUUGCAAGUGUUAAAUUUUCACUUGCCAGUGGCCAUUGGAAAUGUGCCCUGCUAUUAUUAUUUAUGUAUGGGCUUCUUUCAUAAUAGAUGAAGAAAUCUAAUAGAACUAUUAGGAAUGAGCAGUCAUUCCAGUACAAUUUGUACUCAGCAAUAGGACUUUAUUGGUAUCACAUCAUACAAACUAAAAUAGCAUUUUGGUAAACAAACCUUCUUCAGAUUUAACGGUUCCUAUGCUAUGCUUUCCUUUUGGAUUUAUCCAUAAAAGUGUCGUAUUUAUUUAGGAUUUAUAUAAAAAAGUGGUGGACUGAUUUUAUCCAGCAAGCAUACAUUUUGUCAGUUCCAAAGCCUUUAAAUUGAUUUGAAUUAAUGCCUACAUCAGGGCUCAAAAUGUCCAAUUGUUAGUGAAAAUUUAGCCUUUGAGUGUAGAAAUUGACCCCAGGUGAAUGUACCACCAACCCUCUAGGUUUGCAGAAUAUCUGAAUAUUUUAUAAGGCCUGGGUAUUGAUGUAGGACUUUAAAUGAUAAGCACAAAUUGGGGUGUAGACAUAAGGACUCCUCCCUUCUAUGCAAUUUCUUUCCCACCCACAACUUAUGUCAAACCAUUUGUGACUGAUUUUAUAGAGCACUCCAAGUAACAAUUAGGGUGGCCAUCUUGUUGGUGCAGAGAAAGUGUCCUUUUUAAUUUAAUUUUUUAUUUUUUUUAAACCACUUGCAAAGGGAUUGAGACAAACUGUGGGGAUGGCACCCACAGACUCUUUGCACCAUAACAUUGCAAUGAGCAGUAGUGGCUAUGACACCACUUUAACAUCAUUUUUUUUUCCACAUAUAUAAUUGAACUUUAUUAUAUUUAUUUAUUUUUGUACAUAUAGAAAUAUGUUCGUUUUAGAUUUAUGGGACAUAGGUUUGUUGUUUUUUUAAAAAAAAUUCUUUAUUUUUCGUGCAGUGAAUUACAAUCUGGUCUGUGAUGCCACGACAGCAAAACAAACCGACAUAGUCAAAACAAGUAUCCAAUGGCAUACAAUAGAAAUGCACAAUUUUUUUUAAUAUAGUAGUCAUGCUUAUACCGUAGAUUUAUAUAGGAGCCCUGAACACUGUUAGUAAUUGCAAAUUAUAACAAGAAAAACUUUAAGCAAGAAAUGUGUGGUCAGGCUAGCGGUAAGGUAUUAGGAGAGUCAGAAUGGUUCAUAUUUGAUUAGUCUGUGUUGUCAGGGUUAGUGAGCUAUGCGUACAGUGUGCUAGUAGUGAGAUGGGUUAGUUACAUUUUUAGUGAAGUAGCUAGGACACAGGCUAUUCAUGCAUAUCUGAUGGAUAUAGUAAUACAAAUUAUGCGGUCUAUGUGAGUUGCUCAGACAUGUGUGGUUUUAACAUCAGUUUUAACACAUCCCUGGUAUAUAAUUUGAAUGUUUUGGUGUGAAUAUUCUUUUUGUUACCCCUGUAGCCCUUGAAGAAAAUGGGAGAACGCAUCCGAAAAUUCCAGAUCCUAAAUGAUGAAAUAUUUGGAAUCUUGGACAAGUACUUGAAAUCUGGAGACGGAGAGAGUACUCCCGUAGAGCAUGUUAGAUGCUUUCAACCUCCCAUCCACCAGUCACUGGCUAGCAGCUAGAAUGCCUUUACCGACUGUAUAGCGUGCCCAUUGUAAUGCCUUUGUACAUGGACUGUAUUCUAUUUUAGAUAGUGCAAAAUGUGCUGCGUUCUAUUAACUUUUAACAACUGGGUGAUGUGUUGUGUUGUUUUUAUUUCUUUUUCUUUUUGUUUUUUUACUAUCAUAAUAUACCAUUGUACAUGUGCUACCUAUUUUUCUAUCUUUCAUUUACAUUUUUUUUUUUUUCUAUCUUUCGGGCCUUUUGGGAAGAGCUAUUAACCUGACAGACAAAUAUAUUUUAUGACCUUAUAAUAAACUUUAGUCAAACCAGCAUUUUGUGUUUGGACUUGGUGACAAAGAAAAGCUAAGUUAUAUUAAUUGAAUUAGAUUUAAUGCAUCAGAACACUACCAGCCAUAGAACUUGCCUUUCUUUUUCUUGCAAAUCAUUCCCAUACUUGUGCAUCAGGAUGGAAUUUGUUAGCAUUGUAUCCUUGUUUUCUUUUCUAUGAACAAUCAUAUUUUAGCUUUGUAAAAAAAAUAAAAAUAAAGAGAGAGCGAGAAUAACAUGUAAUUUGCAAUAACCAAGGGUUGUCUUAUUUUCUGUAAUAAGUUUGCAAUAAAACUUUAUAUUAACAUGACUUUUAUUGUAAUAUGUGCCUGAACGGAAACCGAGCCAUGAGGAGUGAACAAAGAACUAGUUAUGCCAAGAUUUUCUCUAUGAUUCCCCGUAUUUAGACCAAAGAAAAGAUUCUUAGUACACUUUUUGUUCCCCAACACCUUAUAAAUAUCACAUCUUGUUACUAUUUCAUGCAUACGUCUGCUUGAUUUGACUUGCUAGUUGUAAUUGUUUGCAAGAUAGGAAUCCCAGUUUUAUUGCAUAUUAAAUUAUUACCUGUGGUAUGCCUGGUGCCGCUCCUUUCAGAUACCAGAGUUACCAACUCUCCAGAGUUGAGCCAGCUUCCUGGCUGAGAACAUGAACUUAAUGAGAAUGAGCUAAGCCCUUCACCAUGGAUCCCAGGUGGGAAUUCAAAUGGUAUUAAAAUAGUGUGGUGGUUAUAGUGCUUACAGUGUUUCCUUGUGGAUGUAAUUUCUUUUAUUUCCUUUUUGGAUUUUUUUUUUCUUCAUUGAUACCUUAAACAGAAAGGAAAAUCACGAGAGCUGCUUACCUGUCUCCGAAAACCUGGUAACAUUUUCCCUAAAGAAACUGCAUACUUUUGCACCUCUUUUUACACAUUGAAAGUGAGAAAUUUAGAGAAGAAAAAAAAUUUUACUGGAAAAUUUAAAUUAAGGGAAAUGUUAGCCCCUUCAUAAAAUACGGAAAGGGAAGGGGCUAUGAGUAACAGCUGCAACCAUACACACCCCUGACUACCAGCGUUAUGAUUGGCUGCCGAAGGCGCACGGCGACCAAUCCGAUAAGAAAUACAGCUAUAUGAAUACAGACUUUAACAGGAAACAGAC